AUGCCCCAGGCAGCAGCUCUCGUCAGUGGGAUCCAGAGGAUGGUUCUGUAUGAAACUAGAGCUGUAAGUCUGUCAUGAACUGCACUACAAAGAAUUAAGAAUAAGAAAACCUUUAUUAAUCCCCAAAGGGAAAUUUAAUUCAAAAUUCAAUAUAUUACUGUGUAACCCUGCCUUCAGAUCCAUUUGGUCGUAGCUUCAAGCAUUUGCAACAGAGUGAAUGAACAUUUCAUCUCCAUCAUGUGAAAAUGCUCUCUGUGUUUUUAUUUUUUUUUUUACACUUAUGCAGAUGAAGCCCAGGUUUUAGACAAGAGAAAGCCAACAGCAAAGGUCUUUAUCCUCAGCAGCAUCGUAUUCAAACAGAUCUAUUUUGCUCCAGUUUGUGAUGACAUAAAUGUGCACAAACUAGGAUGUGCACAACACAACCGUUGUCUGUAAUGUUGGUGCCUUCAUAAUGACAGUGGAGCACAAAUAUUAUAAAUUACAAACAGUACUCCGAAAAAAAAAACGUCGUGCGAAUCUGCUUCAUGUUGACUAUAUUUUCAUUCGAGAACUGCUUGAUUUUGCUGCCUUUUAAGCAAUAGAUUUCCUUAUUGCACUGAUUAAAACACAGAUAAUUUACUAUUUCAAGUGACAAGAUAAAGUCAUUUACGUAAGUUAGGAGAAGAAUAGAGCACUUUUGUAAGAUUGUGAUUUCUCAUUACUAAACACUAGAUGGCAGCAAGAGAACUUUAGUGAUGGUUUCAUCCUCAAAUCAAGCCCUUUCCACUUUAUUAUUAUCUUAUGAAUCCACUUAAGCCAGUUGCAGUGAAAUGAAUGGUGCGGAUAUGACACAUAUUGCUGGACCAAACAAGCUGCAUAUAUAUAAUUGUCUAUACUCAAUAUGUGUGGGAUUUUUUGUUUGUUUUUUUCAUGCUUUGAUUAUUUAAUAAUGUGUUCUAAACUGACACAUUUUUUUGUGUAGCUUUCCAUACUGUUCUCUUGCUUGUCUAAUAUUAUGUGGAGCCAGUGUAUUUUAGAUUAUUUUCCAUGUCUUUGAUAACCCUUGUAAGAAUUAUGCCAUCAUCAACAGUCACACAGAUCAAGAUGGCAUGUUAGGGAAACUUGUGUCACACUUAAGUUAUUGUUCUUUCUACUUAUUCUUACUUCCUUCAACCCAAUGUACUGAUCAGUGGAUAAAGUGACUGCUGAAAUACGAAGAAGACACCAUGAAUACUUAAAAGUGUGGAACAGGACAAUUUUUUUCUCUCUAAUGGUUGCUGACUGUACCGAUACAUGGUGUUCCAGUUUAAUGUUCUGUAGUGGACAGAAAAUCUCCGGCCAUUUCAUGUGUGAGAGAAAUAAUGACUUUGGGAGGAAAAAAAAAUCUUUUUUAGAAAGAUGACAAGGCUUAAGAUGGAACACAUAAAAACGUAAGUCUUGUGAUCAGAAAUGUGAUGUACCACAUGACUCUGACCUCUAGGUACUUUAAUUCAAGUAUAUCUCAUAAAGCAGCUGUAUGUGAUAAGUACAGUAUCUUUGUUGGAUCAAGGAGUGCAUCUCUUCUUAAUUUCCUUGGUGGUUUAUCACAAAAGGAAAAAUAUAGCACAUUAAAGAAAGGGUUUCUCAAAUAAAACUUAAACAAAGGAAAUGUACUGUAAAUCUGGCAUCUAAUAACAAUUAAUGCCUAUGUGUAAUUGAAUAUUAGAGAAUAUUCCGUUCAAGACAUGUCAUAGAAGAGCCAUAAAAUAAAAUGCUAAAAAAAAUAGAAUAAAAUGCAGUCACACAAAGGAAAGGAUUAUUAAUGAGCAGCCUGCACAUUUAGCAGAAGCAGCUAUUUAGGCUACAUUGCAAACACCAUGCUGUAAUCUUAUAUUCACUCCCCAUGCUGUUUUUUCUUUCCAGAGGUAUUUUUUGGUGGGGAGCAAUCAGGCUCAGACCAAACACAGAGUCCUGAAGAUUGACCGCACAGAACCCAAGGACCUGGUGAUAAUCGAUGAUAAGGCAAGUGUCGAGAUCUGACCAGAGUUAGUGCAGUGCUUAUGUGGCAUAUACUUAUGUAAUACAGUACAGUGCGCUUGGGGGGAAGUAGAACAAUCACUCAGCCUGUCCCAAGUGUAUAGUAGAUGACAGCUUAGCUGAUGAGUGUGGCUGAGCGCACCUCCCUUUCUUCUCCACUGCUCAUUACUGGGAUCUAUGAGCUGGGACCUGAUUUGUUUUUCCUGUUGUGGGUGAUUAUGACUAUGAUGUGUUUUUUUAUUAUAAGGCAUCCAUGAUGAAAAUUCAUUACUCCACACUCUUGCUUUAGCAGAUAUUACAUUCACCCUGGAAACUGUGUUUGUUUUCCUUUGAUUAGCAUAGUAGAGUGUUUUACAAAUGGGGGGGGGGGGGGGGGGUGAAUGCUUGAGACGGUGCUGAAAAGGUGAAAGUGAGCAGAUUUGAAGUUGCAGAAGAAAUGCAGCCUUUCCUCUCAGUUAAUACAUAAAGAACAGUAUGGCUGUGAAGGCUGCUUCAAACCUCUUUAUGUUCCAAAGAUUUAAUAAAGAUUUUUCUGCUCAGCUGAAGGGGUCAAAUAGCUGGUUAUUCUCUGUCUGUGACUUAUUGAAUUUCACAGGAUACAUUUCAACCAACGGCAAAGUAAUUUCCUAUGUUAUUACCACUGCAAGUAUAAUGUAUUAUUAUAUAGCUUUCCUGUUGCGCUCAAUGAAUAGAAAUGUGAAAUCUACAAGAGGGAUAAGAAAGCUUCCUUUCCAGAUAACCUGCAUGAAGAGGCUGUUGGUUUCUGCAUUCGUUUAUAUGUUUUUUGAAGAUCCAGAGCAUCAUUCUCUGUAUUGUAAGGUUAAAAAAAGUAGAUGGUGACUAUACUCAUAAAUAAAUGACCACAAACAUAUAUGUGAAUGUUGUUUUUAGCAUGUGUACAACCAGCAAGAGGUCAGAGAGUUACUUGGCCGUCUGGACCUGGGCAACCGCACUAAGAUUGGCCAAAAAGGUUCCUCGGGCCUUUCCAGGGCUGUGUCGGCCUUUGGCAUUGUUGGUAAGUACAGUCCCUCCAAUGUUCCUCAGUGCCAUGAAGCGGCAACUAUCGUAGGGCACAUAUAUGUUAGGAGUCCCCAUCUCCACAUCUCCCCAUCGUCACAAUCAUAUUCACAUAUGGUAGUACCUACCUUAAGCAUUGUCCUCUUAUCAUAUUGCUGUACCUUAGAGAUGUCCUCUCAUGGUUUUGCCUGUUAGAAAGAACCGUCAAUCUUCAUUCUGGUGAACCCUGUAGAAAGAAUAGAGGAGGUACAGCUGAUAAUGUUCAGCCCCAUAAUGACCAUCUGUUUUUUUUCAAGCAGGUGAAAGUAAGACACAAGACCCAGAUUUUCUUUAAGAUAUAAUUUUGGGCUUCUGUACCUUUUAUUCAGAAAGUAUAGGUCAAUGGGUAGAACAGGAAUUAGGUAGAGAGGUGAGUUACUUGCUGGAAAGAAGUAAAAUUGAAAACUUGAAGACUGUAGCCUCUGUACUUGGUUACGUGACCUAACCAGUGGUUCCCCUGAAAUAUUCUUUUGUAUCACUUAUACACUGAAGUUUGCCGAUUGCUAACAAAAUAAGUUGCUCAGUAAUAGUCGUUUAUGAUCAAGAGUAAGUAACAGAUAUUUCCCCCUAAUAUUUGUAAUCAAAUGAUAAGACACCACAAAGGAAAGAGACUGACAUGACUGUUAUACAGUAACCCAGAUUGGAUGAAGCAUUUUUUGUUGUUAUUUCUCUAUUAUUAAGUAUCGUUAAUAAAUUACCUGAUAACUCGCAAAUGACAUAUAAAAGCAUUCAUAUUCAAGGUUGGACAGAGAUUGAAUGACAAGAUUACAAUUCCAUUAAGCAGACGCUAUUAUCCAAAGCAAUGCAAAUAUGAAUCAUGCACCAGUGGUUGACAUACACUGAGAAGAAGAAGAAGAAGAAGAACUUUAUUGAUCCCCGAAGGGAAAUUCAAUUGUCUGUUGUCUCACGUAAUAUGUCUAUAAAACUUAUGUAUUAUUUACAUAAGAGUUAUAAAGCCUGAUGGCUGUUGGUACAAAUCUUUCUGUCCUGCAGCGAAGACAGAGGAGCUGUCCAUCACCAUUUGCCCUUUGGUCCAUCAAGCUGUUGUGAAGUGGGUGAUCCAUGUUCUUGAGAAUAGUCUCUACCUUCCUCAGUGUAGAUCUCUCUACCACAUCCUCCACUGAGUUCAGCUUGAUCCUACCACAGAGCCAGCCUUUUUCACCAGUUUGUUAAGACGUCUUGCAUCUUUGUGUUUGAUGCUUCCUCUCCAGCAGACUGCAGCGUAGAACAGAACACUUGCCACCACAGAUUGAUAAAACAUCUGCAGCGUCUUACUACAGACGUCUAUUGAUCGGAGUCUUCUCAGGCAAAAAAGGCGGCUCUGCCCCUUUCUGUAGAUGUAGUGUAUAUUCUUAGACCAGUCCAACUUAUUAUCCAUAUGUAGACCUAGGUAUUUAUAUGAUGUCACCACUUCGAUGUCCACUCUACAGGUGUUCACUGGCUGAAGAGAGGGUUUGGAUCUACGGAAGUCUAUGACCAUCUCCUUUGUCUUUGAGGUGUUGAUGAGGAGGCAGUUUUUGUGACUCCAGUCACUGAAGGCUCUUAUUAGAUCUCUGUAUUCAGCUUCUUGUCCAUUUCUGAUACAUGCCACAAUGGCGGUGUCAUCUGAGUAUUUCUGGAUGUGGCAGGACUCAGUACUGUAUUUGAAGUCUGACGUGUACAGUGUGAACAGGAAUAUUGCCAGGACUGUCCCUUGUGGAGCCCCCGUACUGCUCAUUAAUGUCCCAGAAACACAGUUCUCCAGCCUGACAAACUGUGGCCUGUGAUCCAGGAAACACAGGAAGGAUCCACUCCCAUCUCUGUGAGCUUGUCUUUUAGUAUGGUGGGUUGGAUGGUGUUGAAUGCACUUGAAAAGUCGAAGAACAUGAUCCUCACAUAAACCCCAGGUUCCUCCAGAUGAGACAGGGCACAGUGAAGCAUGUAGAGGACAGCAUCAUCCACUCCAAUGUGUUCUUUGUAUGCAAACUGCAGGGAAUCCAGUUUGUCUUUGACCUUAGACCUCAGAAGGCAUAGAAUCUGCCGCUCCAGGGUUUUCAUGCUGUGUGAAGUGAGGGCCACUGGUCUGUAGUCAUUGAGUUCAGCAGGACAUUUUGGUUUUGGUACUGGCACAAUGCAGGAUGUUUUCCACAGAGUAGGUACCCUCCCCAGCUGUAGACUCAGGUUGAAGAUCCUGUGGAGAGGUUGACACAGUUCUGCAGCACAGUCUCUAAGCAGCCUUGGACACACACCAUCUGGACCAGCUGCCUUCCCAGGACAAAGUCUUCCAAGCUCCAUCCACACCCCUGUUUUGGUGACAGACAAGGACUGGUGUUCUAGGAGGGAGGUAGUUAAAGUGGUUGAGACAUUUGAAUGAGAUGGAGGACGGGCAGAAGUUGUAGUGGAGAUUUGUUGCGGAGAUGAAGGUGGAGUAGUUGUGGAAGAUGUCACGUUAGCAGUGUUAAAUCUGUUGAAGAACAGGUUUAGUCCAUCAGCUCUUUACAGAUCACCCACCACUGGCUGUCUUUUCUUUUUAUUGCUGUGUCCAGAGAUGGUACUGAUUCCUCGCCACACCUCACGGAUGUUGCUGUGUUGUAGAUUCUUCUCUAUCUUCUUUUUGUAUUCCAGCUUUGCCAUCUUCAGUCUCCUCUUCAGCUCUUGUUGCACUUGUUUGAGUUGUUCUUUGUCACCAUCUUUAAAAGCUUUCUUUUUCUGGUUAAGGAUUGCUUUUAUGUCACUUGUGAUCCAGGGUUUGUUGUUAGGGAAACAGCGAACAGUCUUUGUCAGUAUAACUGUGUCUCUACAGAAAUUGACAUAUUCAGUAAAACAGUCAACCUUUUUGUCAAUGUUCACAUCUGUUUCCAGCAGCACAUUCCAGUCAGUUGAUUUAAAACAGUCCCUUAGAGCUUCACUGGCUUGAGGUGUCCAUCUUCUAAUUUUUACUUGGGUCACAGUCUACCUUAAUACACAAGGUCUGUAACUGGUUUGUAACAGACAAAGUUAUGAUCUGACUUGGCCAGUGGUGGUAAGGCAGUGGCUCUGUAGGCUUCUUUGAUGUUAGUUUACAGCAGAUCCAGGUUUUUUUUUUUUUUUUGGGUAGGACAGUUUACAAACUGUGUGAAUCCAGUCAGGUGAGAGGAGAAGGUGACAUGGUUGAAGUUUCCUGAUAUUAUUAGUGCCUCAGGGUGUUGAGUCUGUAGCCUGGCAUCACUAUUAUGCAAAAGAUUGUACGGAAUUUCUUCAGUUGAUUUGGGUGGGAUGUAAACAGCAACUGUUAUGAUAUGACUGAAUUCUCUCGGAACAUAAUAUGGCCGAAGAGCAACUGCUAACAGUUCAAUAUCUGGACAACACAACUUCUUCUUGACAGUUAUGUGUGAAGGGUUACACCAUCUCUGGUUGACAAAUAAAGCCAGACCUCCUCCUUUCUUCUUGCCACUAGCUUGAGCAUCUCUGUCUGAUCUUAUAAGAGUGAAGCCAGGUAGAUCCACACUGGAGUCCCAGUUGUUUUGAUUCAACCAGAUUUCAGUAAAACACAGGAGACUGCACUCACGGUAUGCUUUCUCAGUCUCACAAUAACACAUCCUGAUGUCCUCUGGGAUUGAUGUUGUUGUCCAGAUUUGCUUUGUCUCAAUGAAAGGAGCUCUUCUCUUGAGUAAACUCUUCGCCCAGCAGAAGUAUCCAUCAGCAGCCAACAAAAAAACAACAGAAAUAUGAAAAAAUGUAGCAAAAAUUACAUAUAAUACAGAGAGACCUGACUUGCAGCAACCUCUCAGUUCUAGCGCACCAUUUUGAUCAUUUUAAUGGUAAAAAACAGAGCAAGACAUUUAAUUACAGGUUUCUAUGAAGUGGCAUCUAUGAACUUAUGUUCGAACUUAGCAUUCAAAUUUAAGGAGGAAAAAGCUAUUUUCUUUCAUCCUACAGACCUUAUUUCAGCGCAAGACAUUUAUAGUGUCCCUUUUUGGGCUUUAUUUAACCUUAGACCUAGAUCACAUUGUGCCAUCAUUUUAUCAGGUCACCUUGUUCUGUCUGUCCACUCAAUAUACAAAAGCAAAAUGUUGCUGUCUGACAUGAUUGUACAACCAACCGUGUCAAGCCACCUGUGAACAUUCGUCACCUGAGUUAGCACCCUUGUCGUAUGUGGAACAUAAUUGGCGAGACUGGACACUGAGCACUGCAUGACCAACUCUCAUGCCUUGACCUACAUUUCUGUACAUUCUUCAACACAUAAGAGCGGAUAGGUUGAAUAUGGUUGGAUAACUUGUCUUGAUGAUGUAAUCAGGUCCUGUGAUGAGUUCUCCUGUAUGUAACAAAGAUUAAUAAUUACAGCAGAGAUGAUUAGCGUGUCAUAGAGGCACAUCUGUAAGAAACUAUAUAGUUUUGUUGAGCCAUGCACAUCCAUAGUCACAUGCCAGACAUUUUUCUUCUGAUGUGGCAUUCAGAGCCAUGUCAUUAUGUCAUAUUGAUGUGUUUUAGGCUGUUAAAUAUGCAGAGUACAGGUUUCUGACAAAGUAAUUAAAUCUCUCGCAUAAUGAUAAGCGAGCAAAAUGACCAUUAAAAAUGAUAUUUGAUGGGAUUAUUUUUAUUUUUCAAGAAAAAUCAAUAUAUUUUAUUAGCAACUGAUGUUAGUAUACAACUACAAACUAAAUAGCACUGUGAUCGGCAAAACAGUGAUUAAAAGCAGGUAUUGCUGUUCUUAGUUUAUAGGGUGGCCUACAGAAGAAGAUCUGAAUUCCUAGCUAACAAUUAGCCAGUAAAUAACAGGUGAACAUAUCUAAGUAAUGUAAACUCAUAUCAUGUUAUCUACAGCAAGUACUUAAAUGCUAGCAUAACCAUUUUUUGUUGCUGUAAUAUGGACCACCUGCCAGGUUUUAACUAGAUUCACUCUAGAUUUCCCCCGAUUCCUUGAUUAACUGGACAUAAUGAGUAAUUCAACAGUUCCAAGUGUUAUUGAGAAGUGAUCACUAUUGUGGAGUUUGGACCAAUCAGAAUCAAGUAUUUAACACAUCCUUAUAAUAAGUAAGAAAGUUGGGUAAUAUGAUUACAUUGGUAUAAUUUUUUUUAAUUUCCCUAAAAAAUUCUUUCAAUAGUUGUUGAGAAACAUCACUGCACAACUUGAGACCAACUAUGGCUGCGUUUAGGUAAGAGUACAGGGCUGAAUUCUAUGGGGUCUUUCUUCUGGAGACAAUGAUUGUCUGUAAAGCAGUUCAUGGCAACCCUGCACCAGUUCUUGAAAAUAUCCCUCUGACUUACCGAUUGACUCAGAGUCCCUGACAUCGUUUGCCCAUGCUGCUCAUGAGGACAGUUAUAACUGAGCAAUUAUCUUUUCCCCUUUUCAUUCAGUGUCUGUUUUUGUUUGUGUGUACCUGUACACUGGUCCAUUUAUGGAAAAAAAGAUGCCAGCAAAUUUUGAACUAAUAUUAGAAAGGGCAUUCCAGGAUAUAAUAGUUUUAAAGUGAAGGUAAUUCACCUUUAUUGGAUUUACUCUGGGUCGGUCACUCUGACCUACACAUGUUCUGACUUUGACGACUACACCAUUACUUUCCACAGUGGACUGGUGCCAGCUUUGUUCAUGAACUGCUUUUUGCUGAUGUCCCGGUGUGAUAUAGAUAAAAGAAUGAUGCUAUCCACGUUGGGUACAGCAUAUCCUGUACCUGGCACUUUUCUUGUUACUGUUCUUUAUAAAUACUGUUAAAUGGGGUAUACACUACAGGCCAAAAGUUUGGAAGAAAGAUCAGAUUUGUACAAAAAAAAGACCGUAGUUUCAUUAAUAUAAUUUGCAACACAAUAAACAUGACUAUUGUGCAAAGAGUAACUUAUAAGAAGACACUUUGACUAUAAUUAUUAGGUAUUUGAGUUUUUGUUGCUUAGACUUCACUUUCUUUAAAGUAACCUCCUCUGGCUUUAACAACAGCUUGGCAUAUACCAGGCAUUCGUUCCACAAGUUUUUUAAGGUAUGUUCCAGGGAUUGCAUUCUAAGCUUUCUUAAGUUCAUUAAAAGGAGACUGCUGAUUCAUGGGAUGCGUUUUUCUGACUGAUAGAUCCAAUUUUUCCCGCACAAGCUCAAUUGGAGAAAGGUCUGGAGACUGAGGGGGCCAAGCCAUUUUUUGAAGAACACCUUCCCCUUCUUUUUUGUCUAGGUAACCCUGACAGAGCUUGGCAGAGUGCUUAGGGUCAUUGUCUUGCUGCAAAACAAACUUAUGAGCCACAAGUCUGAGUCCAGAUGGAGCAGCAUGGUGCUGGAGGAUGGAGUGGUACUGUUCCUUCUUCAUGAUACCCUUUACUUCAAACAAAUCUCCUACUCCAUCACCUGCAAAACAUCCCCAUACCAUGGAACUACCACCUCCAUGCUUAAUUGUGGGUGUAACACAUGGUGCUUUCAGACGUUCACCAGUUUGUCUGCAGACAUAGACUCUGCGUUUUGAACCAAACAGUUAAAACUUGCUUUCAUCGGUCCAGAGAACUUGUUUCUAGUCAUCAAAGGUCAAAUUUUUGUGAGCUUUUGCCCGCUCAUAUCUCUUUUUCUUAUUCUGUGGACAAAGUAGUGUUUUUUUGCAGAUACACAAUCCUUCAGACCAGCCUUUGCUAAGCUUUGUCACUUGAAGCCUGUAAAUGAUGGAGCCCUUUCAAAUGUUUAUGACAUUGUUCUGGAGUUACUUUGUGGAAUAUAAGAGUAUAAAGUUAAAUAUACACUCACCGGCCACUUUAUUAGGAACACCUCAUUAGUACCAGGUUGGACCUCUUUUACCUUCAGAUCUGCCCUAAUUCUUCAUGGCAUACUUUCAACAAGAUGUUGGAAACAUUCCUCAGAGAUUUUUGUCCAUAUCAACAUGAGAGUAUCACACAAGUGCUGCCGAUUGAUCGGUAGCUCAUCCUUGAUGUAAAUCCCGUGUUCCACCAGAUCCCAAAUGUACUCUAUUGAGCUGGGAUCUGGUGUCUGUGGAGGCCACUGGAAAUACGUGAACAGAUGGUCUAAUUGAUAGAACUCAUUGUCAUGUUCAAGAAACCACUCUGAGUCAUUACCUCUAGGCAAGAUGGAUCCACGCUUUCAUGUUGUUUGCGUCACUUUCUGAAUGUGGCAGCAGAAAUCAAGACUCAUCAGACCAAGCAACCUUUUCCUUUUGUCUAUAUUUUGGCAAAUUGGAGCCUCAGUUUCCUGAGGGGCACCUAGUGCGGUCCUCUGCUGCUGAAGUCCAUCUACUUCAGGGUUUGAGGUGUUGUGCAUUCAGAGAUGGUAUUCUGCAUACCUUGGUUGUAACGGGUGGUUAUUUGACUUACUGUUGCCCUUCUACCAUCUGUCUGCCCAUUCUCCUCUGACCUCUAACAUAAAGCAUUUUCGUCCACACUACUGUAAACUCGGGAGAUGGUUGUGUGGGAAAAUUCCAAUUCCUGAAAUACUCAGACCAGCUCGUCUAGCGCCACAACCAUGCCAUGUUCAAAGCCACUUAAAUCCCCUUUCCCCCUCGUUGUGAUAUUCUGUUUGAAUUUCAGCUAGUCUUGACCCUGUUUAUGUCCCUAAAUGCAUUGAACUGCUGUCAUAUGAUUGUCUUGAUUAGCUAUUUGUGUUAACAAGAAACUGAAGAGGUGUACCCAAUAAAGUGGUUGGUGAGUGAUAGUGUAAAAAAGCAGAAUAUCCUAAGACAUGCAAUAAAUAUUUCUCAAGAGUGAACUAACAGCAAAGUAUUAUAUUCUGUUUUCUGUCAUGGGGAUAACCAUUACACAUCCUGUAAAGUGCAACAGCACCCCCAGCAAUUUAGUAUUCAGAUUGAUAGCCUGUCUCUACAAUCCCUUGGACAUGAUGUGACAGCAGCAUCACAGCCUCACGCCUCAGUUAACACCCAUAUCUUUUAAACUCCAUGAACCCAGUUUGAAAUGAACUGGUGUAACUUAAACAUUUAUCAUCUUCGAAACUGAGUUGAGCUCUGCAGCUCAUUCAAGUUUGCCAUAUUAUUGAGAGCUACAUGCUAAUACCAUGCAGAUUAUUAGGCUGAAUAGUUAGAAGUGUAGAUAAUAGAAGUGUGCUUUAGGUGUUUCAGUUUUGCAUGUGACUGUUUGACUCAAUUUUUAGCCCUUUUUCAGAGGAAAAAGGAUCUUUCCUCAAGAAGACAGUGGGGCACUGCGAUCCUAAAGGGUUAAAAUGUACAAGGCCUUCUUUUGUGUGUGCAAAAUGUUGUCUCCAACAUUGUCUCUUUACAUAAUUGUUAGCAGUAUUAUAUCAGACAUGUAUGUCUGAAGCAAGCAAGUUACUGGGUUUUCUCCGGUAAAUAUCGCUAAUAGUAUUCAAACCAUUAAAAACAGGCAGAUGUCUUCCAUUUGCCUAUUAUGUUCUGAAUGUCACUGACGGGACUGCAUCUCAUCAAAAGCCCAAAUAAUUGACUGUGCUGCAUGAUAUUUUAAGAGUUAGAUUUUGAUUAUGUAAGCUUGAAUGGAUGUGAAUUUAUGGGCAGUAUAGUAAGUGACACACUAACAUCCAUGAUCCACCUCCACAAUUAACUGUUCAGCUGUUUAGAUUAUCAUUAUCGGAGCUAAUGUGCAAGAACCAUACAGAUUGACCUACUUCUGAAAAUAGUCAGGAGCUUAAUUAUCAUUGUGUGAGUAAGUCAGGUUAUGUCACAGGAGGAAAAUAUUGAAAUAAUGUUUGUGGUAGAAAGCUGCCUUUAAUUUGUUUAAAAUGUAUGCAUUUUUUCUUCUGAGCAGGGUUUGUUCGUUUCCUGGAGGGAUACUACAUUGUGUUGAUCACCAAGCGCAGAAAGAUGGCUGACAUUGGGGGCCAGUCCAUCUACAAAAUUGAAGACACAAGCAUGAUCUACAUCCCCAAUGACUCAGUCAGGAUUACACACCCUGACGAAGCAAGGUAAAACAAGCCUGAAUACAUUUUCACAACAUGUGCCUGAAAAUUUCCAAAAUGGUCCUAAAAAGGUCCUGAAAUGACAAUUUUAGCUAUUUACAUCUUGUCCAUCUAAGCAAGCAUUGAAUUCAGUCACAAAAAUAUCACAGAUUCAGUCUUUGACAUCUCUCCGUUUCCAACCUCAUUAUCUGUGCACUGAUCUCAAACUGGCUCUGCACUGAUUGGCUGCCUGAAUGUUGUCUUAAUCGAACUGAGACUAGCCCAAGUGUUCUAAACAUGCUCCAGUGUUUUCAUGCCAGGCUCUGAGCCAGUGGCUGAACAGCAUGGAUGCAUUGCCUGGAAGUCAGGUAGUAUCAAAACCUGGAAAGAUGAAGAAAGAACGUAAAAAAGAGAAAACUUUCCCAACAAAUGACACAGAGUUGUAAAAUGACACACUGUUUGCCAUUUUGCUAAUGCAUUAUUUUUGUUCUGAUAUGUCAUGUCAUCUGGGAGACAACCUGAUAAUAACAAGCUGAAAGGGGGCAUGCUGCCUCCUACUGUAGCAGAAGCAGACAUGCUUUGGUCAAUAAUACAGUUCUGGCCCAGUCCAUGCAAACUGGGACAAGGACAAUUGUCCAGUUAAAAAGCCUAGUUGUGCUACGAUAGAAGUGGGAAAAACCUAGAAAAACAUGGCAAGUGCUCCUGAAGAAUCCAGUACAGUACAAUAUGAAUCAUAAUCUGACCCUGAACACAUGGUAACUGGUGCAUUGUUCAAUUGUAAAGUUAUUAAAAUGUUAGGUUUAAUUAGUUUAGCAGUUUAGCUGUUUAGGUGGCAAAAGAAACACAAAGAGAAAGAAGUGUGAGUAGUAAAUAUAUAUAUUUUUUGUUGUAAAGUUGAUCUUUUUCUAAUUUUGCACUAACAAAGAUUUUGAUCUUGUAGAUAUGUUCGCAUCUUCCAAAAUGUGGACCUGUCCAGCAAUUUCUACUUCAGGUAAGAAUAAAAAUACUCUCAUUUAUUGCUAAACACAAUUAUGCACAAGGUAGGUUUUAAUUCCAGCCCAGAGCCCCUGCCACUCCACUCCACCCCAUCCCACUUCACCCCACCUACGCACGCACGCACGCACGCACGCACGCACGCACGCACGCACGCACGCACGCACAAACUUUUGCCAUUAUUUUCUGCCAUUAUUAGGUGGCAAGAAGAACUCGCUAAAGAGUAAGUAACUGUUGAGAUUAAUUAUUUUUCCUGUUUUCAAACAUUUUUGGUGAUACAGAUGAAGAAAGUUUUAUCUGCCUAUGAUUGCUGAUGCCAAGCUGCACUUGGAUUCUUGUUCAGAUGUACUGUAGGUAAAAAAAAACACAUUAGGGAGGAGAAAAUAGGAUUUAUGUCCUUGAAGAUGCCUAAAGUCCAACACAUGGCUGGUGAUGUGUGAUGACUCUUAGUGCUCAAAUAAAGCAUAGAAAUAUCUGGAAAUUGCUUUAUUUACCUUGCCUCCAUUUUCUUUGUUUCUGUCUCAUUAGUGUACCCUUGGCUGUUCUAAAGAAUAUAUGUUACACUGUCAAUGUUUCAGUGACAGUGUAUGAAAAGAUUUUUGUUUUUUCAUUCUUGAGGAUAAAAUGAUGAAAAGGUUCAAAUUGGCCUCUCUGGGGCUGAAGUCAAAACGUUUCCAAAAGUGUCCACUUGCCCAUUAAGUCUAAAAAGUCAGUGCUUUCUGGCUACAUUUGACAGUCAUGUCUGAAAUGAAAAACCCAUGAUGUCUCCAAUUAUACAGCAUGUGAUGAAAGUGUUUAUGAUACUUUUUUUUGUGGCAAAGUAUCAGAUGCAUUUUUGGAGAGUGCAAGCUGUGCUUGUUUAAAAUUAUACUUCUGCUGUUCCCUGCAGCUACAGCUAUGACCUGAGCCAUUCACUGCAGUACAACCUGACUCUGCUGCAGAGGCCCUGUGAACUGUGGUCAUCCCCAGCUUCCUCCGCUGAGGAGGAGGAGGAGGUGCACACACAGAGCAAGCAGGACAGCUUUGACAUCUUUGAAGAUGAGGGCUUGCCCACACAAGGUGAGCACAAGUAGAGGGAUCAGUGGUUGUGGAACAAUGGUUGCAGUUACUGCUUUCAAGAAUAGCACAGACACAGAAUGUGGCUUUAUUUUUGCUUUGACACCAAAAGCUCAGAUUUACAUUGCCUAGCAAGGGCAGAGAGCCAAAACUGCAAAAGCAGAGUAAUUACUUGAGAGUUGUUGAAAGUUGUAAGAGUAGCUGGCCACACUUCAUAACAUAACAUUAAAGUCCUAAAAUGAAAUGCCUUUGUUGGCCCAAAAUGACUGCCACAGAUUUGAGCAAAUAAAAUCUAAGAGAACUGUACCUUUGAAUUAAUUCCAGACAUGAGAAAUUUGUGACAGACCACCAUUUUGACCGUAGUUUUUCAAGAAAGUCAGUAACCAAUUUUUUAGAUCAGAGCUCAAACAAAUAGAACAUAUUUCCGUUUUCUUUGUCCACAUUCUCCCAACUCUUCAUGAUGUUUUUGUUAAAUUUGAUUUUAUUAAUGACAAGAAAAACUGAGACAGCAGCGGCUAAUGUCUCCUACAUACCAGGAAUUAACCUGGCUCUUUAAAUAAAUGCUAAGGGGUUUUAUCUAGAGCCUUAUUAAGUUUUGUUGCUUUACCAAGAGAUUUAUCAAGCAUAUGAUAUUUAUCAAAAUUGAUUUAUUACAUUCUCCAACCUGUAAAGUUAAAUAGGGUGAUUUAGCUUUUCUUUUAAUUAGGCUUGCUUUGGCAGCAUGGCUCACUUUGCCUUGGUAACGUGAGGUAGCUCCCUGCCUCCCUCCCUCCCUCCCUUCCUCCCUAACUGGUGUUUUGUUUUUGCUGGUGAUCAAUACUCCAUUACAUUGUUUCUAAAACUUUAAAAGCUGCUUCACUUAAAGUCCAAUUUUACAUGCUGUAAUAUGUCUUUAUUAUGUCAUGCUAUAUUUUUAAAAAGAGGACAAUUGUAUUGAAGGUCAUUUUUGACCUAAAGUACUCUUAGUUAAUGUUGAUUAGCCUCUCAUGUAGGUAAUAAACCCCUUUAACCAACAAAUAACAGAUAUUGUUAGUUAUAGUGUUUUGUUUUUUUGUUUGUUUUUGUUGUUGUCAUUACCUUUCUACUGAUAAAAUGUAAAAAAAAAAGUCCACUUAUAUUAGCCAUAGUCUGCAGUCUCAAUUAUCUAAGGAACUGUGUAUUUUCUCACUUUAGUGAAGUCAUUAGAAUCCAUUAAAACGUAAUAAAAAAUAACUUGACUGCUCUUGGCUCUGUUUCAUAAUCUCAUGUUCUGUGAUUAUGAAAGUAUAUCGUAAUAUUAAAGCAAAAUCCUGAUUCAAAUGUUUCCAGGAAUGCUCUUGUUCCACAAACCCUGCGUCACCUCAGCUCUUAUUUCAUUUCUCUGUAACUAAUAACUUGAUCCGACACAGUGAAAUAAUCCAGAGGUUUUAAGUGUUCCUUCUCUUCUGCCGCAGUGGUUUACGGCCUCCAGAACGAGCCGUACUACAAGUACGUGUGGAACGCUAAGCUGCUGGAGCGAGUCAAGGACACGGUGCAUCACGACUGGCUCAUGUAUAUAAUCCAUGGCUUUUGUGGCCAGUCCAGUAUCCUUUGAGCAUUGUGAAAUCAGUCAAGUGUGUAUGUGUGUUACAGACGUGGUUUAUAUCAGUUUGUUUUUGAAUUACAAACAUGUACUUGCUGCUCAUGGAAACUUGGGGAAAAAAAGGCCCAAAAAAAUGUGCACUUCCUUUUUGGAACAUUAUCAGUCAGUAACAAUUGAAUUGUGCAUAAACAAUACUAAAAGACACAAUCUCAUCUCACACAAAGACAUCCUUUCUUGGCACCCCUCUUCAUCUCUCAGCCUUAGCAACUUGUUGACCUGUGCACUGACUCCAGCACAGCACAUGGAUUACAUUUCGAGCCAGAUUGUGUGAUCAACUACCUAAGUACUGAAGCAAUUUGUGUAUGUUGUUAGAGCUUUAGUAAAAGCAGUAUUACGGAAAUUAAGCAGUGGUGAUCAGGUAUGUAAACACCGCCCCCUCCACAAUCUCUCCAUCUGUUAUCUGCAAGAAAAAUAGCAGCAACACUGUGUGCAUGAAAUCAGAUAAAGAACACAUUUUUUUCUUGGAUACAUGAAUUGUGUUUUAGUGUGCAUACUUAGUUUUUGUUGUAGUUAUGAUUUCUAUAUUACAUUUUUAUUGGUUUGACACAUGCUGCAUGCCAGGACUUUGUGUAAGGCUGUACAUAAAUGAUUUUGAGAAUCCUUUGUAGUAAUGAUGGAUGGGUUACUGCUGCAGAGGGGCUUUGGACUUAACUAGAGCAGAGGAAACAGUCAGAUUUAUGAUGAUGAGUGUCUGCCUAGGGCUCAAUUUUUAGAUUUCAAUCCUUCACUAGCUACAUUCUUUGCAUAAAUUACAUUAAGCUGUGUAAAAUGUAUUGCCUUUUUUAUUUUUAAUCAGUUAAUUAUCUGUAAUUAAGGGAUAUGUUGUGCCAUCCUUUGUGUUAUUCUGUGGCAGCUAGACUUUUAAACUGAGGUGUACUUUACAUCACUGUUGCUAACACUGUUGUCUCUGAUCAGGCACCAUGCUGCCACUGUGACUCUGAGUGGGUGCUUGAGCUUAGACGAUUCCUAGAAGCAGUUUGGCCUUCAGUCCUGUUUUUCUGAGUACAUGAGAGGACAGAUGGGUGUAAUAAGAGAAGUGUGAGUGGAGCAAUUAGAUGCAGAGAGAGACUCUUAGGUAAAAAGAUCAAAAACGGAAUGAGAUUUUGUUGAACUUCUUUGUGUGGUCUUUUGUUUUCUCCAUAAGCUCGUCUUGUCGUCUUAACACCAUUAAUACAUACUUUUGAUUCCUUUUUACUGAUGCUCACAAAUCCUUUUCAAUACUCUAAUACAGGGACUUCUUUUCUUUAUGUAUUUAUGAUUAAUAUUAGUUAUCCCUGUUUGAUGCUUCCAAAAGCUUAUCCAAAUUAACCACAUAUUUAAUUGCAUUUUAAAAAUUUCAUUAUUUCGAGUGUAAACAGUUUAGAAGUCUGAAACAAUGCUAAGCAAUGUUUACCAGUGUUUUGCUCCUUGGGAAGUGCUAUUAGAUGCUCUUUAUGAUCUUGACUUUUAGAUUUAUGGUUAAAAUUAGAGGUUGAAAACCAUGAUAUAGAGCUUCAGGGUUUAUAAUGUUUUGGUCUUUACAAAAUUUGUACCCCCAAACUGUGCUCUGUGAGCUUCUGCUAUAAGCUAAUAUUAAUGCUUACUAUAGCUUAUAAAAGUCAUUAUAGAGCCUUGUAGAUGUACGGCUCUAUAAAUGUGGUUGUGGUGAAUUGUAAGAGGUGGGCUUAUAUAAACUGUCACCAAGAUUUGUUUAGGGCUUUGCUUUUGUUAGAUAAGACAUCUGAGAUACAGGAAAUGCUAGUGUGAAGGAGUGGGGUGCACUAAAGGGCAGAGGCCAAGACUGAACCUGCAGCCAAUGCUUGGAGGAAUUAACCUCUGUACAUGGGGCGCUUGCUUUACCAGCUUAGUUAAACUGGUCGCCUCAAAAACACAGAUUUUCCCUCAUUAAUAAUAGUUUAUUUACUUAUGUUUUAUAUCAUAACUGCUCUGUUUUCUCUCUGACAUAUACUCUUAAGUUAAUUUAAUUUGAUUAUUAUAAUAUUAACAAAAUUUUAUUUAUUUAGAUAAAUAAUUUAGUGAAUACUGAUUUGAAAAGUAAAAUUGAUAAUAAUAAACAAAUCUAAAGGAAUAUAUGUGUGUAAUACAAUGUAGUUAUAAAAUACUGUGGUAUGUAUUGGUAUUGUCUUUAUGUUAUGUUUGUUAUUUAUUAUUCCUUUACCCUCCAACUAGAGCUUCUGAUCUACGGACGGCCAGUUUACAUCACCCUGAUAGCCAGACGCUCCAGCAAAUUUGCUGGGACUCGCUUCCUCAAGAGAGGAGCCAACUGUGAGGUACAGCGGUUGCCUGGGCAACAGUAGAGAAUAGACAAUGGAGGCAGGGCUGAGAUAGACCAGAAUGAUUGAGAUGACUCAGGUUGAUCACAGGGGGGUUAAUUUGACCCACUGCCUCUUUCUUGAGUAUGCAUGAGUGGUUUGUGUGGGAGUAUGGUGGGAGGAGGAACAAAUAGAUUUCCUCUGUCUAUUUGGACAGCUAUCAUGAGAUUGGAACCCAACACAGAUUUGUUUCAUGCUGUUUUGUUUAGCAUUAAGUGAAGCAGUCUUUUAAUAAAAUAAAAUAUCAGAGCAGAAGAAGCAGAUGUGUGAUAAGUGUAAUUCGUAAUGGCUUUGCUUGAGAUGAGAGUUAAAAAAAUCCUGUGGGAUUUAGUGAGCUUGAUAGAACACUUAGGAUCUGGUUGAGUUGUUCAAAAUUAUCCUUAUCUUUUUUUAAGCACUUUUCAUUGACUUUGAUAGAAAAACAUCACAGAAUCAAGAAAAGCUCUCAGGGAGAGACAAACUCAAAAUGUAGUCUUUAAUUGCAUUACACUCAACAGGUGUUGCAGAUAUGAUGCAGAUGUGUGACUGCCCACAGUCUGCAGAAGACUGAGGGCACAGAAAGCACACUGCAUUCUUACCUUAUUUUCAUGCAGACACAUGAAUGUGGAAAGCUUGGUGAUAGAUAUGACCUCACAAAGGUUCUUAUGGGUAAUGUGUUACAGCAGCUCCUAAAGAUGAGACAACCUUCAGCUGUUGUGACAGUCUGAAGUUCUAAGAUUACCUGUGAGGUUUCAUAUCUCUCAGUGUGAACUUGAUUAAUAUUUAGAGUUGGAAACAGGACUUAAUUCAGAUGAUCUUUAACGACAUACUCAAGUUGCCCGUUUGCCACGGACUAGCAGGUUUUUAUAUUUCCAUUUUUCUGCUUCAAGAAAUUUGGUGUAUGUUUAUUGAGAACAAAUCAGUCCAAAAAGGAGUGUCAUGUGUUUGAUCAUGUCUCCAAAACAGAAACGUGAUGUCCUUUUAUUUUUAAAUUUCAGCUCUCUGAAAACUUGAGGAGUUUCUGGUCCAUGAUGGCUUAGGAUAAUAUCAAGUUUAUAGUUUACUGAGGGCUGCUGUAGAGCUUUUCAUCACAUAGAAUGUAAUCUAUCUAGAUACUGAUGUGAUCAAGGUUCAAUAUUGACAAGCUAAAAAAAGGCUAUGAACUUGGAAAAAUGAAAAUGUUUUUAUCCAAAGUUCUCUGCCCAACUUUGUCAACUCUAUGUUUUUGUUUGUUUACCAGGGCGAUGUGGCGAAUGAGGUGGAGACAGAACAGAUUGUUCAUGAUGCCUCAGUCAUGUCCUUCACAGCGGGAAGUUACUCGUCAUACGUCCAGGUGCGAGGUUCAGUGCCGCUGUACUGGUCUCAAGACAUUUCCACAAUGAUGCCUAAGCCUCCAAUACGACGUAAGAUUUCUGUCUUUCUUUGUCACUGGAGGGACAAUAAUGAUACUAUAUCUUGAUAAUAUAAGAGCUAUUUGUUGCUAAAGGUACACUACAGGCCAAAAGUUUGGAAGCAAGGCCAUUACAGGCCGAACAGUUGGGAGUAACUUCAAGUUUUUGUUCACAAUGCUUUUUUUAAAAUCUUUUUUUCAAAUGCACCAUUUUACUCAAUUUACCUUUAGAUAUGCAUUGAUGUUAACAGACCAUUGCUAAAUAUAUGUCAGCAAAAGAUAAUAAGGGCUUAGUUUUAGGGUCGAAAACAUUUGCAAGAGUCACAACUUCAGUGCAAAAGGAAAAAAACAAAUCACAGUUGGAUUAUUCACUUCAACUUUUUGGCUUUUGAGAGUCUGCAUACAAAAAUCCUAAUAAAUCUCAACUGCAUUCAAAAUACCGCAGAAAUGUCUAGAAAGAAGCAACUGAGUAAAGAAAAAGUACAGAUUUGUACAUUGAGGAAAGAAGGAUACACAGAAAGAGAAAUUGCAAAACGCCUAAAGUUGUUUAACAAAGGUUUUUAACAAAAAAACACUACACUCUAAGGAGACUAGAGGAACCUGGAAGUUAUGAUGAUAGAAAAAGACCUGGAUGAAAGAGAGUUACUACAAAAGCAGAGGAUAAACAUAGCAUUGUCACCAGUAAGAGAGAUCGGUGAAAGACAGCACCACAAAAAAGGGAAGAAAUCAACAUGACAAGGUUGAAACCCAUAUCUCUGACAACAGUGAAAUUACGUUUGAGAAAGGUUGGUCUGAAGGGUUGUGUAUCUGCAAAAAAAAAACACUACUUCAUCCACAGAACAAGAAAAAGAGAUAUGAGUGGGCAAAAGCUCACAAAAAUUUGACCUAUGAUGACUAGAAACAAGUUCUCUGGACCGAAGAAGGCAAGUUUGAACUGUUUGGUUUAAAAUGCAGAGUCAAUGUCCACAGACAAACUAGUGAACGUCUGAAAGCACCAUGUGUUUUACCCACAAUUCAGCAUGGAGGUGGUAGUUCCAUGGUAUGGGGAUGUUUUGCAGGUGAUGGAGUAGGAGCUUUGUUUGAAGUAAAGGGUAAUAUGAAGAGGGAGCAGUACCACUCCAUCCUCCAGCUUGUGCGGGAUGAAUAAGAUCGAUCGGUCAGAAAGGCGCGUCCCACGAAUCGGCAGUAUCUUUUUAAUGAACUUAAGAAAGCUUGGAAUGCAAUCCCUGGAACAUACCUUUAAAAAACUGGUGGAACGAAAGCCUGGUAUAUGCCAAGCUGUUGUUAAAGCCAGAGGAGGUUACUUUAAAGAAAGCAAAGUCUAAGCAACAAUAACUCAAAUAUCUAAUAAUUAUAGUCAAAAUGUCUUCUGAUAGGUUACUCUUUACACAAUAGUCAUGUUUAUUGUGUUGCAAAGUAUAUUAUUGAAACUUUGAAAUUAGUUUCAUUAAUAUUAAUGAAAUUAAUGAAAUCUUUUUUUGUACAAAUCUGAUCUUGCUUCCAAACUUUUGGCCUGUAGUGUACCUGAUGUCAGCUUUCACAAUAAAAAGGUGCUGACUUCGUCACACCACCAAGCUUUAGUAUGUCUUUUUUGUCAUAUGUAUUCAGUCCACAUACGCAAUUAUACAAAUAACAUGCAUCCAAAAAGCGUCGCAGUGGGUCUUCAUAAGAUAAGAAGACAUGAUGUUUUCAUUCUAGCUCAACCAUAAAUAACCUUUUAGAGACCAGAGAUGAAUGUCAUGUGAAAACUGCAUUAAAAUAAGAGAUAAGCUGUAUGCCAGGGCCUUUCUUCUCAUCCACCUGCACAGAUGGAAGGAUAAAAUAUGAAAAACUAAAUAGGUGAACCUAGGACGUCUCCCUGCUUGGUUCUCAUCUUUGUAUCCAUUCUCAUCGUGGCUCAUUCUGAACAGGAUCAAAAACACAAAACCAGGGCCCAAAGGAGGUGAUCAAGUCCCUCAGACGUUGUGGACUGCCAGUGUGUGUAUUUGCGGGUGCUUGCAUGUGUAUAAUGCCUGUAUUAAAUCCAAAUCCCUUUUCACCCCGGUUUGCUGCUUUAUUCAUCCUUUGAGAGUAUGUCCUGAAGAUCCCUCUGCAGACUAAUUCACUCCAUCAUUAUGCUUUAUCUUUGAUCCUAAAAGACAGGCCUUAUCCAACAUUUUCCCAAAUGUUCCACACUCUGAACACCUCUUAAUGUUCAACUGUGUGUUCACAUGUCUGUUGACACAUUGCCCCCAGUAUUGCCCUUAGAAUCGAUAAACUUGGUCAACUUACUUUGCUUUCACCAAUAAAGUUUUAUUUUUCGAUGCUCCUUUGUUUUUCUUAAUGAAAUCCUUCAUUGUUUUUUAUGCUGUGAUUGAUCCCACUCAGAGGUCUUGAAUGAUGUAUAUCACUCUGACAGCUCAGCCAUUUGAUUCAGCAUGUUUUUUUGUUUGUUUGCUAGUCUGUCUUUUUUUGGUUCAUUGGUUCUUUAACUCCCACAUUUAUUAUUAUCACUGGAAAAACUGUAACAGAUGGGCAAAUAAUAGAAAAUAAGUAACCUUUUUUAAAUCUUUUUAUUUUACCCCUCUCCUUGAAUCAACCAGUCAGUUUAUCUUUAGUUUUCUUUUUACCAUGAUGGCAUACAUGUUUUUAUCUAACCAGUUGAAUUACAAUACAUGAAAAUGUGUGUCCUCAUGUUUAACUUCCCCUCAAGACCCAUAUUUAUGUAUAUUGAGUGUCCUAUCUGAUCAUUUAUCUUUUAGUUUUCAGUACAGAUUGGUGUCCCAUAAGAACGGAUGUUGGGUCUUCUUUCAUUUGUUAUUUAUACCCAACUUGUGUUGCAAUGUUGCUCACACAGCAUAUUAAUUUAUGUUGAAAAAAAUCCUUGUGUGUCCUUUAUGCAUUUUCAACUGUGACAAGCGUUUACAAAUUACUGAGUUUUUAAAGAUUUUCAGAAAAGUCUGUGUAAAUGAGGAAACAUAAAAAAGCAGACCAAAAGGAACAAAUUGACCAUCUGUGUUUUCUCCACUGUUUGAUUAUUUUCAUCAUCAAUUUACUAAUAUGCUAAUUAUGCUAAAAUAUUUCUGUUUUUGUUUGCUGCUUUUUUGCUUUUCCUGCAGUAACAGGUGCUGGUAUGAGUAUGGCGAUUUUGACGCAGCUUUUAUGUGGCUGCAUGAUGAGAGUUUGAUGAGAACAGUAUCAUUACUCACAUACUGUUAACAUUUUGCCAUAGAAAGUAAAAGGCCUGUCUUUUGUCUUGAUUAGUAACCUUUAGACAUGUAGGUGGUCAGGUGUGCUUUUUAGCCUACUUGUGUUCAGAAGACUGGGUUGGCUGUUCAGGUCUAUGAGCUUAGCUGAGUGACAACUAUAUGGCCAUGAGAGUGAAAUUCAUCUCAUUUUACGAUAUCGAAUUGCAGUAUUCUUCCAAAAACAUUUGUAAAUGUCAUUUUUCUUAACUUCCAUGUUUUCUUUGUGUCUGCCUGUUUGUGCCCUAACCCAUGCUCUGCUGCCAAUUGAACAAACACAGACACAUUACUCAUUUACAGAUGAACAGAGAGAAAAAUGAUAAUCUUAAGACUUUCUAUCAGCCUGACAAAGGCACAAUAACUAAAAACACAUUUAAAUACCUUUGACAUCAUUAUAUUUGUCCACAGCUCCUUUGGGUAUUGUGAAACUGACAUAAAAUCCACAGCCAGUGCAGUUGUAAAAUAUUUUUUAUUGUUAUGCGGGCUGCAUAGAAUGACACCUAUUAGAUGAAUCUAGGUCAGAGACACGGCAAAGAGCCAGUUUUAAGCCCAGUGUCUGUGGAUUUAGAGUACAGGACACCCGAACCAUUAGAUCAUCCUGCUAUCAAGAGCUAAUGUUACAUAAGAGUGUGUGAGUCUGUUUGACUGCUCUGAAGUACCCAAAUGUCUCAGUUGUGAAGGAGAUGACCCUAAUGGAGCCAUUCAUCCUCUGUAUCAUUGUGUCACAUCCUCAUCAUCAUUACUAACAUCUCCCUCUCUGUGGUGCAAUAAGAAUGUUAUUGGCUGUUAUCUCUUUAUGUUGACAUUAACUUAACCUGACCUCUGUAGACAUAGUGGGGUUGAAAUGGUUGUAAAGUGAAUGUGCUUGAGGUUGUGUUUGUACUGCAAGUUUUUGAUCUGUGACUUGACCCAUUUCCUUUAAUCUGUCUUCUGGCUGCUCUGCUCAGACAAUUUGACAGAAGGCUGCAGGUGUGAGGCUCUGCUAGAGGUGGAAAUGAAGGCACUAGAUAUGAUUUAAAGUAAAGAAAAAAAUGAGUAAAUGGACCAAAGAAAGAAAUUGGAUGUGAGUGCAGGAGAAAGAGGACAAUGAGCAGGAUGCGAUGCAGGGUCUUUGUUUGCUCAAUAUGUGUGGCUCUGUGACAUGGAUCGGACCCAUAAAGACAAGUUACCUCAUCAACCUACUUUUACACUCUCUUGUUAUAGUGACAAAGCUUGAGUUUAGAGAGAACAGCUUUCAUUUUUAAACCCUUAUCCUGAAAAAAAAAACUGCUACACAAAUUGGGAUAUGUGUAUACUUCAACCCCCAUUUUCUCUUGGACCAGUGAAUUUACAGCUGCCCAUAAGAAUUUUGAAUGUUUUUGUUUCUGUUUCCUACAUUAAAAUACCAAAAGCUGCUGUACUAUAAGUAGCCACUUAAAGGCAACUCCAAAAGCAAGUUUGGCUCUAUAUUUACAGCUCCUGUAAGGAACUUUCUGUUUGUGUCAGGUUUGGCACAUCUGUGGACAUCUAUGGACUUUACAUCUUUGCUAGUUUUGUCCUACAGCUGUGUAAGAACUGUUUUCUGACAAAAGAUGCCUUUUAACAGUUAAAACUCACUAUGACAAUCUUGUCUGUGAUGGCCUUGUUUGCUUUUGUAAGUCAAACAAAGCCAUCACUGUUGAUUUUGACCUGUUUCCUAACUCCUUGCAGUGGUUUUUAGAGCCCAGCUUUUCAAAGGAAUCAAACCUGCUUACAGCUUUGUCUGCAACUUUUUCAAGACAAAAAGAAAUAAAAGAAAGGAAGAAUUUUCAUCCCACUGUGCCAUUGGAAUGAUUAAAUGAUCAUAUUUAUUUAUUUAUUAUGCAUAUUUAAUUAACAAAGUGGUCGGUUGCUGAAGACAUGAAGGUACAAUACAAUAUGGAAGAUUGGUGGUUUUAGCUAAUAGAAUACAAGGAAUAGCCUCCUGUGUUGAACAGUAAAGUCAAUACAGAAGCAUAAAAUUGCUGGUUCUCAAGCUUCCUUUUUUAGGCUGGGAGUAAAAUUUAAAAAUCUCUUUUUUAUAACACCUGCAUUAAAAUGGCUAGUUUUCAAGAAAAACAUAUUUACAGCCUGGUGCACGAUUUGGUCUUGAUAGCCCAGUUUUACAUUCAUGCUGUAGGGGGGGAUUUUUAAUUAUUCUUUUAUUUUGAUUACUUGAAGACUCCUGAGUGAAUGCAUGUAUUUCAUAAAGGAUGUCAGCUGAUGAAAAGGUGAACAUGUGGUGUUUGUCUGGGGACUUCAGGCCUGCCUACACCUUUUUUAUUGCUUAUUGAUAUUGAUCCAAAGUAAAGUGAAGUUUUCCAAUGUGAGAACCACCAUCUUGGGCCAUUGCUAGCCCUCUUUUAUAUUUUUUUAGUUUGUAUAAAUACUAUAAAAAAGCUUUAACAGCCAUUGAAAUUCUCUUUCAGUGGAUCAAGCUGACCCAUACGCCCAUGUAGCUGCCCUUCAUUUUGACCAGAUGCUGCAGCGGUUCGGCUCUCCUAUUAUCAUCCUCAACCUUGUCAAGGUAACAUACACAAACUCGCUCACACACUUGCACCCACAAACACAAACAUUCUUUUUCUUGUCCAUAGCAGAUGAGUUUUGAUAUUGAAUAUUGUAGGUUUUUGUACAGGUGCAACAAAGUGCAGAGACUCUCUUAUAUAGAGGAGAAAAAGGUUAUGGAGAAAUUCAGGUGCUGCUCAAAAAUCAGAAUGUCCCCAAAAAGUUCAUUUUUCUCUGUAAUUUAAUUCAAAAAGUGAAACUUCCAUAUAUCCUAGAUUCAUCACACACAAGGUGAAAUAUUUCAGGACCUUUUUUUGUUUAAAUGUUGACAAUUGAGGAUUACAGCUCAUGGAAAUAAAAAAUCCACAAUCUCAAAACAUUAGAAUACAACAAAACAUAAAAAAAUAGGAUAUAAUAAUAUAGAAAUGUCGACCUUCUGGAAAUGUGUUUAUUUCAGCUCUAGUACUUGGUCAGAGCUUCUUUUGCAUGAAUUACCGCAUCACUGUGAUGUGGCAUGGAGGAGAUCAGUCUGUGGCUCUGCCGGGGUGUUGUUGUUGGUCCAGGUUGCUUUGACAGCUAAUCUGUAUUGUUGCUCUGGUGUCUCUCAUCUUUUCUUGAUGAUACUGUAGAGAUUCUUUAUGGGAAAAGGAAAUGUGUGUAUGCAUAAAACUUUUCAGCAGAUAGAAGCAUGAAGAGCUCUAAAAUCUCCUGAUAGACUUAAGGCUGCAUUGACUGUGGACGUAAUAAAACACAGACUCACACCAGCAAAUGACAUGACACCGAUAAUUAUCAGAGCCUGUGGGAACCUUACACUGGACUUCAAGCACCUUGGGUUCUGAGCCUCUCCGAUCUUCCUCCAGACUCUGAGACCUUGAUUUCCAAAUGAGAUGCUAAAUUGACUUUUACCUGACAACAGGACUUUGGACCUGAGCAUUAUUCCAGUUCUUUCUCUUCUUAGCCCAGGUGAGAUGCUUAUGCUUAUGUCCUUAGUUUUGUGAGGAUUUAUUUAUGUUUGUGGUAGUGCUGACCUAAGUUUCAUUAUUAAAAUGCUUGAGUUAUUGCAUACUAUUCUUGCAAUUCUCUUUUUAUUUCCAUUCUUACCUAGUUUUUCAGUUGCUAUUUUUGUUAGUCCUGAGUAGCCCUAGCCUAUCAGGAUGUAACAGGUAGCAAGAGACAUGUAUAACUUAUUGCAAAAUGUAGGUAUAUGUUGCUGUAUUUAUGUAGUAAAACUAUAGUAGUGUACCUAGUUUUUUUAAUUACGGGUUACGUAAGCUCUAGAUAAAGAACAUGCCCAGUUCGUGGCCUCACUCAACAAGUUGUUAUUUAAUAGUGCAGGCAAAGGUUGUGUAAUUAGUGAAGGAUUGGAUCGAUUUUGAGGGUUAGUUGUUGCUGUGAAGACUUUGACAAUCACAAAAGACUUUCCCAUUCCCCAGUGAGUACUAGCAGCUGAAAUGUUAACUUGCAUAUUGAUCUUUGUCUACAUUGUUCUGAACAGUAGAAACACACAGCAGAUGUGAGCAUACACACACACACACACACACACACACACACACACACACACACACACACACACACACACACACACACACACACACACACACACAGUGAUAAUGACGCUUUAAAACAUAAUAUAAAUGCCCUGUUCCACCUUUAAUAGAUGCACAGUAUAGUUAUGAAAAAGGUUGCAUUAGACACUGUGAAGAUCCUCCUUCCUUUUCAUCCCUAUGUGCAGCACUGCUUUACAUUUUCUCUUUGGAGCCAUUGCACCAGAAGUAAUUUUUGCUUUGCGUUUUCGCUCACACACGCGUGGACUCUCUUAGGCACACAGCCAUAUGGUCUGUAGCUUCAGUUUUCAGGCUCACGUUGUCACUCCCAAGGGGAGCCGUGAGAUGAGGGACCAAUCGCAGACCACAGAGGUCCGCACAAGCCGUGGCCAUGUGAUAUGUGCAGACUGCGGGGAGUAAGGGAGGGUACCCUGCUUAUACUCUACACCCUCAUUCUGAUCCCAGAGAGACAGAAUGAAGAUGGUAUCGGCUAUUAAGCAUGAAAUCAUGACAAUCCAGCUCUGCAUCUUGGUGACAAGGGUCGGUGUGGCCAUGGCACCUCCAGGAUGGGCACAUUGUUUUUUUUUUAUGGGUUGCUGCAUGUUUUUGAGUACUUAUGUGCAUGUAUAGAAAAGAGGGGGAGUAGAGUAGGAGUGCACAUGGCUAAACAUGUGCAUCACUUUUACCCACCUGCAUAGAAAAAUAAUAAAAAAUAAUGAAUAAUGAAUUCAUUUAUUCAUAAUGAUAUAGAUUUUUUCCGAGAAUGGGAGAGAAAAACCUGUCCAAAAUGACAGCAACUACUAAAUCAAGCACCAAAAAAAAAAAAAAAGAAUGAGGCAUAAGGAUAAGAAUAGUCUCACAGCAUUACUCAGACACACCCUUUUAUUGUGCAAAACCAUCCAUUUGAAUAAUUAGUGCUUGUUCUCUCCAUUAAAACGUUCAUGAACAGCCCCCUCGUGUUUGUCCAUGUGCAUGCGUGACUGGAUCCAGGUUAUACACUGUGAUCUGCAGCAACACCUUUGUAUAGUGACAAUGAUUGUCUCUCAGGGCAAAGAACCUGUGAACAGUACAUGUGUACUUUCCUAGAUAAGUGUUUCUAAUCUCUGAAGUGUAAGUGCGCCGUGCAUGUGCAAGAGUGUAGGAUAUGCUCUGUUUGAACAGCAGAGGAAACGCACUGGUAAUUUGAGGCCAGGGUUGCUCUUCUACCUCUGGAUGUGCACAUGGAGAUAUGGAGAUAUGAGCAGGCAAAUGAUGCGUCCAAGCUGAUUAUCACUGAGGAUGAUCCGUCAAAAAGGCGUGAGGAGCAGUGAAAUAUUUUUAUUGAGACAUAACAUACAGGACAGUGUGAUGCAGGCCACAGGGGGAGACAGGAAGUGUGUCGAUAUCUCAAGGCAUUUUUAUUAUGUCUCAUUUGUUAAUGACGCAACUCAGGGUCUGAAAAGAGAAAGUGCCACUUUCCACUUCAGGUAGUGGACAGUAAAAACAAACUUGACAUAAAAUGGGCACUGGUAAGCAAACUGGGGCCCAUGUAUGUGCACAUUUUUUGAAGGCUCAGUUGAUGAAAUGUUGAACUAAAAGUGUAAUUCUGAUGCCUUUUAACAUUUUAUAAAAUCAUUUAUCGAUUAUCACGAUAUCAUCAUCAUCCUCAUCACUAAAAUCAGUUAUUUUCAUUUCCACAUAUGACUGAAGUGAGCCAAGUCACCUUCUCAUUUCUUUAAAGUGCAGCAGAGAAAACUGGACUGUGUUCUUAAUAAAUCGUUGGAAGUCAAAAUCCAUAGUAACAUCAAAAGGCCUGAAGCAAUUUUGAAGCAGUGUCAGUAAUUUUCCUUAAUAUCUUCUAAUACUGUUCGUAUUACUAAGUGUAAAAUUUAGUUUGAAUAAAAAUGACACACAGAGACAUGGCGACAGCUGCUUCACUCUUAUCACAUCUCCAUCACCUGCACACAUUUGUUGUGUUAAUAAUCAAAGUGCAGAAGUGAAGCCACAGGCGUCUCUCUCUCAGUUUUUAUGACUACUCAUAAUCAUAAUCACAUUACAACCUGCACUCACGGACCCAACUUCUAACAAAUGAUGGUAAAUAGAAGGGAGAAAGCUCUGAUGGAUGUGAGCCCUGCCACUUCAUGUGAAAAUAUCAGAGUAGGUCCUGUUACCAUCUAAAAAUUGUGGUACAAUGAUAAAUGUAGGUGCAUAAUAAUAAAUGUAGGUGCACUGGCCCUACAGGACCUUAAGAAUGCAACAUGGAGUCACUCAUUUACUCAGUAUGUGGUCUUUAUCCUCUAUUUUGUUCGCAGGCACCAUCAUUACUGACUCAUUUGUAAGCAUAAUCAUUGAUCAAGGUGCUUUGCAUUACCAUCUAUACACAAAACUUGCUUGUAUUGAAUUUGAUUCCAACAAAAGCUUUAGAAAUGUUGGGAUAGGCAGGGUCAUGUUUACAAUUAUGUUACAGUAACACUCAAGUUAAUCAACAUUUAAUUUUGGAAACCAAAGAGACCAGAGUUUUAAAGGUGAAAUAUUGUCUCACCCAUGACUUAAAAAUGGUUUUAUUUGCUCAACACUAUGGGGUCUCCCAUCAUUGUAUUUUUUGUUACAUAAUAUACCAUAUAUUUUCUGCACUGCAGGCAGGCCAGUUUUGCACCCUGACUCUUCCAUUUUAUAUAUGCUGUUGUAAUACUUAAAGAAUGUGGUUUGGCAUUGUCCAAUCAAGGUCUGUACUGAAAAUGCAUUGUCUGGAUGGCAGCAAACAGUAUGUUGGUCGAAAAACCUGUACACAUUGUUCAGUGUCCUGUUUUAUUCAAGAAGUCUUCACUUCUAGCACACAUAGUUUAAACUGAAACUACGAACGUAGUGUCCCUUUACGGAUAGUUACAGUGUAGAACCAUAUGUUAAGUAUUAUUUAAAACAAAGAUCCCUCUGUGCACAAUUACAUUCAACAACACUACCAUAAACUUUAGAAACAUGCAGAUUCAAUGCUACUGCAGAGGACAGAGUUUGUUUAUUAAGUGAAUUUGGUGAAAUUAAAAAUUCACCAUGAAUUGUUGAUGCUCACAAAGCAGGAGAAGGACAUAAAAAUGUAUUAUGGCGUUUCCAAGUAUCAAGAAGUGGAGUGAGAAGUAUCAUCAAGAAAUUCAAGGAGAGCCACACAGCACAAGUCUGGAAGAGGUAGGAAGCGAAAAAUUUCAAAUAAACUGGAAAGAAAACUGGUGGGAGAUGUGUCUAAACAACCCAGGACAACCACCAAAACAGAAGUUGGUGACUUAGCCAAGUCAGGAAUUGUGGUGUCAAACAAGACAGUCUCUAGAGCCCUGAACAGAAAUGGACUGCGAGGAUGCAGGCCAAGAAAAACUCCACUUCUACAAAAGAGACACCUUCAAAUCAGACUGAGGUAUGCUAAGGACAAUCUGGAGAAAGACUGUGAAUACUGGAGAUGUGGUCUUUGGUCAGAUGAGACCAAACUAGAGCUCUUUAUUCACAGACAUUGCUUAUGUUUGGAGAAAGAAGGAAGAGGCGUAUAACCCCAAGAACACUGUCCCCACAGUUAAACAUGGUGGUUGGAGCAUCAUGCUGUGGGGAUGUUUCAGUGUAUCUGGAACUGGGAAUCUUGUCAAGGUUGAAGGAAUAAUGAAGAAAGAAGGAUACGUGAAGAUUUUGAAAGAAAACCUGAAGGAGUCAGCAGCAAAACUGGGUCUGGGUCGUCACUUUGUCUUCCAACAUGACAACGACCCAAAACAUGCAGCACUCCUGGUGAGGAGCUGCCUCCAGGAAACCAAAGUGAACGUUAUUGACUGGCCUGCACAAAGCCCUGACUUAAAUCCCAUUGAAAAUCUGUGGGCUGAACUGAAGACCAGGGUCCAUGCUAGAAGACCAUCAGAUCUGGAGGAGCUUGAAAGAUUUGCCAAAGAGAAAUGGGCUGGGAUUCUUCAGGAGAUGUGCCAGAGCCUUGUUACAAACUACAGCAAACGACUGCAUGCUGUUAUCCAGCAAAAAGGACACACAAUUGACUAUCAGCCUCAGGGGGGCUAAUAUUUUUGACCCUGGUAGUUUUUGGUUUUUGUGAAACAAUUUUGUUUCUGUGUGCAAAGUAAAAUAAUGUUAGGAUCCAAAAUAAAACUAGGAUGUUUGAAAAAGCUGUGUAAAAAAAUCAUUCAUCUGUUGAACAGCACUUCGGAAAAAAACUUCAAAUUUCAUAGGGGGGGCUAAUAGUUUUGGCCUCAACUGUAAAUUCAAUCAAUUUGGAUGCAGUAAAUAGUCUUUAGCAUCUCUUUUCUUCUCUCAGGUCUGUGGGCAAAAGAACAGAUGGUCAUUCCAUCCAAUUUCACUGUCACGUUCAGGGGUGCUAAAGGAUCUGCUUUACAGCUCCUGUGGUCUUAUAGAUAGAUAGAUGGAUAGACUGACUGACUGAUGGAUGGACGAUAGAUAAAAAGAUGAAUGGAUGAAUUGAAGCAAUUUCUUUCUUUCAAUCGUCUUGCCAAAUGGACUUGUCUUUGUUUUGAAUUUAUUGUGGUGUACCGCUAGGAUCUAUUUUCAGCCCUCCUUUUUUUUGUAAAUCUCAACCCUGUUAGAUUUUUAUCUCCUAGCUCACCUCUCCUAUGCAGAUGAUAUGCAGCUGUGUGUUCCUCUGCCCCAGCAGCUUGAAUAAGCAAGUCACUUUUCUCAUAGAUUUCAAAUGCUGGAUAUUUUGACAAAGAAAAACUAAAAUCAUCAGUUUCUUACACACUUGUCCCUUCAGCCUUCAAGCUCAGUUCCACACAGCCAUAUCACACUGAAAGCAAAAAAUCUGAUGCAUGUCUUAGUUUUGAAGCCCAAAUUAUGUCCAAUUGCAAUACAUCCAUCAUAAUAAUAUCAUUAUUUUCCAGAAACGAGAAAAAAGGAAACAUGAGAAGAUCCUGAGUGAGGAACUUUACCCGGCUGUGAUCAACCUGAAUCAGUUUCUCCCCCCAGACAACUGCAUUGAUUACAUUGCCUGGGACAUGGCACGCUACACAAAGAGGUAUUGUCAAUAAAGUUGCCAAUGUUUAAAGAUAGUUUAAAUUUUCAAAAUUAGACAAGGGACAACUUUUAUCGCACAAGAUUAGAUAUAGAUGGUUUAGAUCUAAACACAGUAAAGCAAAGGACUUUUAAGUAGCCUGUGUGUAGAUUUAAAUGCAGCAGAAAGUGGCGGGGUUAUAUGGCACUUACUAUACCUGAGUAUGAAUGAGUGCAAAACUUUUUCCCACACUUGAGAUUUUAAAUCAAAUUAGGUUUAAAUGAAAGCCUAGAAUUCUUGAAAUUUUUCAAGAUCAUCAUUUUGAAUCAAUUUCUUUUUACAGUAUUUCUCAAUUUCUAAAACACUAAACCCUAUUGUCUGAACCAAAGGCUUAGAUGAUUAAACCAGUCACUCUUUUGGUAAAACCAUAAGCACUUUUCACCUGGUUAUACACGAUUUGCAAACACAUUCUCAAUUACCUAAACACAUUUCGUACUGUGAUGCACUUGUGUUGCAAAAUUGUAAACACUGGCUGCAACAUGUGAAGACAACUCCAACAUAGCUGUCAUCUUUCACACACCAAAACCUAAAAUUGAUCACCUCUGAACUGGCCAAUAAUGUGAGGAAACCAAUAUAAGCCAGUUCAGAGGGUUGUUUCCCAGUUGACUGAUCAGGGAGAAUGUGGCCUGUGAUGUGGAUGAAGUCCUGUGGCCUGACCCAGCAUGAAGACAUGACACUGUGGCUGAAUGAUUGUUGAUACUGUAAACACUUGAGUUUGAAAUUGUAGUUGACACUGUAAUGUGCUUCUCAUUUAUAUUUGUUUUUAAUUUAUUUGUGCUGUAUACAGAUGCUAAAUUCAGAGGAUUUCUUUUUUCAAAAUUUAUUUAGCCUACUGUGAACAGUAAUUUCUACAGCUUCAUGUCCUGAGCAUUGUGUUUUUCAUUUUUUUUUCCGUCAUGUGUAAUGACUGCUCAGUAGUUUUUUUCAUUUUGAUUGAUCUAAAAACACUGUUUGGUUUUCAGCACAGAUUGAACUGUUUUUUAGGAGUUUGUUUUUCAGGAAGAUUCAGAGGUUUGGUGAAUGUAUUUCUAAAAUUGGGUUUUGAGCUUGUAUUGUUGAGAAAAGCAUGGUGGAUAUCAAGAAAUGUGUUUUAGCGACUGAGAGAAAAAUGCAAUAGAACCAAAAAGUACUCCUCCAAUCAAUGUCAGCAUUGUUGUUAUGGCGUUAUAGAGGUUGGUAAGCUUAGGAUCAGGUUUUAGUUUCAUUGAACUGAAAGAGAGUAUUGGAUUGAUUCCGCACGUCAUUCUCUUGUGACUGCAGUAACAUCCCAGAUCCAUGAAAUUUUAACCCUUUCCUGUGUUUUUUUUUACACAGAGUUGUAAGCACAAAUGUACUCAGUUUGGCUUUGCUCAGUUUUGUUAUGCCUUGAAAAAGCAUGAUUUAAGCAUAUUACAAAUAACGAGAUGUAUUGCAUGGUAUCACUUUGACUCACGCACAGCUGCAGAAACACAACAUAUUGGCUUUGGUUUCUUGAACAGCGUAUGAAUCUCACCCCUCUUUCUCUCUCUUUCUUAGUAAGCUCUGCAACGUUCUGGACCGCCUCAGCAUGAUAGCAGAGAACGUAGUAAAGCGAACAGGUUUCUUCAUUAACCGCUCUGACUUCUACUGUCACACCCUCAGACCUGAUGAAAGGUGAGCCUUUUUAUCUUGUUCCAGACUGCUUCAGUGUCUCUCCUAAAAACUGACGUGCACAAAGCAUUUUUAAGCUUUGUCAUGUUGGGUGCAGCAACUACAGCAUUACAUCUCAUAUGAAACUGAAAUGAAGCUGAGUCAGUGUUUGCUCAUGAAUCACCCUUUGGCGUCUAGUUUUUGAUAAAUAGUAUAACUAAAAGAAAGAGGAAAAAGUAGCAGAUAGUGCACUAGUGAUGGAAGAAAAAGGGAAGAAAAAAGCAAACCUUAUCCAUUUUUCUUUUAAUACAUAUUCAGAAUCACACGUUUAUUGACACUGCUUAAUUUUGCCCCCCCCCUCACAUGAUUUCCUAAUGGAAAUUGUACCCGAUGGCUGUUGCGUCUCACAGAGUUUUCUGCUAAUGAGCUGAGUAGAUUGCCGUCCAUGUACUUAAUGCAUGGCUCUUCCGUUUUUAGCGUGUCUUAAUCUCUUUUACCCGACAUUACGUCUUUGUUACAUAACCCAACGACCACACAGUGGCCAGUAUUUAUUAUCCUCCAUUUGUGUUACCCAGCGCUAUCUAACACUCUUUGUUCUACUCUGCCACUUCACACUCCCGCACAUGUGCUGUCAUACACAUACAGGACAAAAACCUUGAUAAGCUCCAAUGUACAGUAGCAGCACUUCAGUAAUGAUAGCAUCUGAAGUCUUCAUCACUUGCAAUUGUUUUGGUGAAUAAUGAAGAUAGUACAGUAAAUGAGGGAAUUCAGAACAUUGUGGUCUCCUUUCCAUACCCAUUCCUCCUCUCCACCUUGCUUAUUUUCUUAUCCACAUACUUAAACUAUAUUUUUACCUUGAGAGUUUUGCACUUAACUCUAAAACCAGCCCUCCAAAGAUUUAAUUGUUCACCUGAACAGUUAUUCCCAUUUUGCAAAUUACUUCAAAAUUGAAGUGAUGGAAGAGAGUAUUGAUUUUGAAUUGAAGCAAAUGACAAACAAAAGAACCCAAAAAACUACUAUAGCCUUGCUUUGUAUCUGUGUUUGUAACCUGCUACUCCUUUUUCUGUAAAGAGUUGGAUGCAGAUAUAAUUGGAUAUCAAGUUUUCAAUCAGUAUGCUUAUCAUAAUGCUAUAUCCAGCUUCUCGUGAGCGAAGCUUGACUGGGUAAAACUGCAAAUAUGGCUCUGUACAAAAAAGUAUGAAAAUCGACACUUACCAGUGCCAAUAAAGGUUACGUAGUGGAAAGGUCAUGAGCCACUCACCUUUUUUUUGCUCUUUUCCAUUUUUUUUUAACUCCAGUGUUUAAAAAACAGGACAGUCACUGCUACAUAUUGCCACCUCUGCCCACCAUUUAGCCUUUGUUACUACCUCCGAGAGAGGAUUAGAGGUCAAAACAACAUCAAACAUCAGUAGUCUCUGACCUCAUCAAGCUGUAUGCCAAACUAGGCUCCUAGCUGCCAGCGUAACUGUUAGUUAUUUAUAAGAAUGGAGAGCUGUUCACUCCAGACUUUCUAAAUGUGUAGACAAAGCAUUCAUUUCCAAAGUAUACCUCAGAUCAGGAUGUGUAAAAAUCCUCUGGUAAGCAUAGCUGUCUGUACUUAUACCACUAAUGGAUCGCUCUGUAUUUGGUCGUCUGGACUAUAUGUGUUUAUUUAAUCAAUUAUAUUCAGCCUUGGAAAGAAUCAUGUCUAUAUUUGUAGAAAAACAUGAAACAAGAGUGCAGAAGAAAACAUGUGCGAUGUGCACUUUGAUGCUGUAUUCUGUUUCCAAUGUUCUGUUCUGUAAGCUUAAUGAACUGUUUUUCUUGUAUUUUUCAGGUGGGGAGAUUUAGGUGGACAUGUCACAGCUAGUGGACGGGUGCAGGUAGGCAGCAUAGUGAACAAGUUUGGUUUAACUUUAGUGUUUUGGGAGGGGGUUAGUAGUCUGUCCAGUUACAGACUGCCACAGAAAAAAACACUGUAAAGCAACAGAAGUGUUUAUAAAGAGAGCCAUAAAAAAGAGAUUGAUAAAACCUCACAUCAAACCAUAGCAGUGUAGUUUCAUAGCCAAGGUAAAAGCUAUUGUAUAUAAUGUGUGUUUGAAAUUAGCAUCACACUCUAUUGCUGCAAAACUAAAUAUUUACCUGAAUAAAAAGAGGUUUUAUAUGUCUUUAAUGAAAACCUUCAUCAUUCAUCAUUUGAUUGCCUCCUCUUAGAAGGGUAAAAUAUGCUCUGUCUACUACCUUUUUAUAUAGGUCUUUUCUUAUAUACAUUAUCUGAUAUACUUUGGAUAACAAAGUGGUGUCAAUGAAUCUUAUAAGUCUUGGUUAUUGUAGACUGGUGUGUUACGGACCAACUGUGUGGACUGUCUGGAUCGGACAAAUACUGCCCAGUUCAUGGUGGGAAAGUGCGCACUGGCCUAUCAGCUUUAUGCACUGGGGAUGAUCGACAAACCCAAACUCCAGUUUGAUACAGAUUGUGUCAGGUAAUGUGUCAUACAACCAAAAACACCUAAGUCAUAUAUCAGGGCCAGCUUUCAACUGAACUCUGUAUGUGUGUGUAAAACCCAGGUUGUUUGAGGAGCUCUAUGAGGACCAUGGAGACACUUUGUCACUACAGUAUGGUGGCUCCCAGCUGGUCCACAGGGUCAAGACAUACCGCAAGAUUGCUCCCUGGACACAACACUCAAAGGACAUCAUGCAGACACUGUCACGCUACUACAGCAAUGCUUUUUCAGGUAUGUUACACAGACACAGCACAGGUGCAAAUCGGCUUCUCUUACAAACUGUGCAACAUGAGAUGCUGUGAUUUGUUAGUUAUGUUACACCAAAACUCAUAUACUGUAUUAUAUAAAUCCAUUACACACAGGCUGAUAUAUUUCAAGUGUUCAUUGAUUUAUUAAUUUAUUUUUAUUUUGAUUAUUGUAGUUUAAAGCCAAUGAAACCAAAAUUUAGAAUCUCAGGAAAUUAGAAUAUUGUGUAGAAGUUCAAUACUGGAGACUCAUGGUGUCACUCUCUAAUCAGGUAGGUAGUUUGAAACACCUGCAAGUAGUGCUGGGCGAUAUGGAAAAAAAUGUAUAUCACGAUAUGGAUCAUUUUAUAUCACGAUAACGAUAUAUAUCACGAUAUAGCUAUGGUAUGCUUUCAGUUCUAUGAAAAAUUUAAGUGUAUACAGCUGCACUAGUACAGUACCAGUACAAGACCAGCACUUAAAACUAGAAAAAUGAAUAAAUAAAUAUGUGGCUGAAGCGCGUUCAUGUCUGUGGUCACCCAAAGUUAUGCAACACUCACAGAAAACCCCGAUAGUGUGAGCCAAAGCACUCCAUAAUAAUAAUAAUAAUAAUAAUAAUAAUAAUAAUAAUAAUAAUAAUAAAUUUAAUUUGUAAUGCACUUUACAUUUACAAAAAAUCUCAAAGUGCUACAGUACACAGUAAAAAAAGAGCAGCAACAAUAAAAAAAGCAAUAGAAUGACAGUCACAGAUUAGCAUAAAAAAAGAAUUGAAAAAAAUAAAAAAUAUAGAGUUGCAAUGUUAGAGGCAAGGUAGUAAAAGCAUAAAGCAUAGAGGAAAACUAACCAAAGGCUUUAUUAAAAAGGUAGGUCUUUAGGACUCUUUUGAAGAGGUUGUUCCCACUGCUAGAUGUUUCUCCUCCAAAGCUGCUCUCUGCCUCCAUCAUUGUUUACUUUACUCUUGAAGCACGUAGCAAGACCCGAGCAUGAAUCCGAGCGCUUUAUUCGCCUAUCAGGGGCAGACAGGUAAGGUGAUUUGAUUCGCCACGACUCCAGAAAUGAUUGAAAAACUACAGAAUGUCACAAAAUUACGUUUCCUCGCUGCUGGCUUGAAGGGUAGAAAUGCGCAGCCGCGUUCCCAGCUGACAGGAAGUCAAACCACUGUUGUAGUUCUUUUGUGUUGCUAGCGCGGUCAAGAGUGUUGGCUCUCACUGAGAGAUGACUACAAAAAUGGACGCACCUAUUCAUCUGGUUGUUAAACACGGCUGAAAAUAAUCAUCUUUUAAUGUUGUUCCCGCUCCUGCCCACUCCCGUUGCUUUUUUUGCCGUCCCGUCCCGAUCAAGGGAUUAAUAAAAAAAUGACUCACAUCCCGUGGGAUUCCCGCGGGAAUCACGUGACCCACGGGAAUUCCCCAAAAAUGUCAUCCUCUACAGGGAUGGUCCCGGAGCAGAUGAAACAGGUGCCGGAGCGGCUGAAAUAGGUCCCGGGUCCGAUCAAAAGAGGUCCCGGAUCGCGCUCCGACUUGCUCCGGCACAAAUUAAGCACUGCUUACAACGAUCCCCUCACGUGUGUAACCCAGGUAACCCGCAACGGCGGGAGACGCUGGACACGAAGAGGGCACGUAAAGCGGCGUCAUGUCGCAAAAUCGAAAGAGAAAUGCGAGCCUACAUGUCAACGCAUCCUUUUCUUUGUAAGAAAAUAUUGUUUUCUUUCCCGUUCGACACCAAAUACACUUACUGAAUGUGCAAUUAUUGUUGUUGUUACUAUGAAUCAUCUGAUGGCACAAGCCCUAUGGAUAAAAUACAGCCUAUCGCCCGAAACGAUAAAAAUAAAAAUGGCACGAUAGACAUUUUCUAUCGUGCCCACGAUAUCUAUCGUCCUAUCGCCCAGCACUACCUGCAAGGGUGUCAUGGGUCUGUAAGUGAUCUGUCACUCUGGAUCAGACGACCACACAUAAUGGGUAAGACUGUGGACUUGACAGUUGCCCAGAAGACCACCAUUGACACCCUGAACAAGAAGGGUAGGACCCAAAAGAUAAUUGCUAAAGAAGCUGACUGUUCACAGAAAGCUGUAUUCAAGCACAUAGAUGGGAAGUUUAAAAGAAGGAAAAAAUGUGGUAGAAAAAGGUGAACAAGCAACAUAAAUUUAGUUUAUUUAGUUUAUUCACACACAUCACAAUAUAUAUUUCACAGAUAUACAUAUAUAUACAUACACAUUACAUAUACAUACUGUACAUAGACACAUGUACACUGGAAAUUUCUCAGUGACUGGAUGUGUGGAAAGUUUGACCCCAAGGAAGCUGGAUAACCACAGCCUUGAGAGGAUUGUAAAACGAAGCCCAUUCAAGAAUGUGGGGGAGAUUCACAAGGAGUGGACUGCUGCUGGAGUCAGUGCUUCAAGAGCCACCACACACAGACGUAUCCAGGUCAUUAGCUUCAACUGGCGCAUUCCUUAUGUCAAGCCAAUCUUGAACCAGAGACACUGUUGGAGGGGUCUUACCGGGGCUAAGGACAAAUAGAACUGGCAACAAUGUUAAAAUGAAAACACCUCCAUAACAUCUCAGCAGUACCACAGACUGAUUGACUGACUGUCAAUCAGAUUGCCACACUGCAUUGCUGCAGUAAUCCAUGCAAAGAAGCCCCAACCAAGUAUUGAGUGUAGUACAUGCACAUACUUUUAGUAGUCCAAUAUUUCUCUGUUGAAAAUCCUUUUUUCUUAUUAGUCUUUAGUAAUAUUAAAAUUUUUAGAUUUUUUUUUCACAUUAAUUGUAGGUUAUGAUCACCAAAGACAAGAAAUAGACACUUGAAAUAUUGCAGUCUGUGUGAUGAAUCUAUAUAACAUACGUUUUUAAAACAAAAUCUAAUAACUGAAUUCAAUCAGCUUUUUGAUGAUAUUCUAAAUUAUUAGGUUAUGUUUCGCAUUUUUAAAAUUUGAAUUCAUCCGUUUUUUUUUUCAUCUCCAAACAGAUAUUUCUAAGACAUUUGAUAUUGCCUUUUGUUCUUCAUUCAGAUAUUGGUGGAACAUGGAGAACUGAUAUUUUUUCCGUGUCUUCAAUUUGAAACGUACAUCUCAUGCCAGUCAGUGCUUGAUAGAGUGGCUGCUACCUGCAUUCUUGUGAUUUUAAUGAUACCCUUACAUAGAUAAUAUAUAAGUAUAUAGAGUGCAGCUAUAUGUGUAUGACUGUACACAUUCGUCAGAACUCCUGAGUACAUGUUCCACAUCAAAGGGUGUUGCUUGUAUUCAGGGGACAGAGAGGAAGGCUAUUGUUAAGUCAGAGGUAAUAGCACUAAACCUCUUGACCUAGUAAGUCUCAAACCCCACUGUCCCUUUGUUUUAGCUCUUGUCUUCAUCUUCUUUUCAAAAUGAGGUCAAUGGUGAGCUGCAUAUCACAGCUGGAAGAGUGGUAGAUUGUCUGACAUGUCAAGUUGACAGGUAGUCAAAUGGUAGCCAAAAGUACUCAAUAUUCCUUGUACUUAUGCUCACUCAAUAGAGCAAAAGAGUGUAAUAAAGGAAAGGAAAAGUAAGACACUACAAGCUGGUGUCAGAUGUCAGCCUGACCUGUUUGUAGCACAGCACCAUUUCAUCCAUUUACUCCUGAUUACCUUUUUAUGACACAAGACACCAAGGGAAUAGAUUAUCUAUCUAUCUAUCUAUCUAUCUAUCUAUCUAUCUAUCUAUCUAUCUAUCUAUCUAUCUAUCUAUCUAUCUAUCUAUCUAUCUAUCUAUCUAUCUAUCUAUCUAUCUAAACAUAAAACUAUCUUCAGUUUGAAUUGUCAUCAUUGGAGUAAUAUGUACAAAGCAAGAGGCAAACAAAGAAUCCCACACUAAGUCUAUCACUUACAGUCCUCAUGCUUAUGUGGGAGAAAACUCUUUCAAGAAUGCAUUAGAAACUGUGAAAUCCAUCAAUGAAUUGUUGCAUUAGUUUGUUAAUUUUGACGAAUUAGUUUACAACAAAACUUGGUAAUAAUAAUUAAAAAAAGCCAAAUAUUAUAUGCAACAAGACAAACAUCAACAACAUGGCCAGCAAUGGGAAGACAGAAGAGUAAAACACAGCAAAGGGGAAACAGAGUAGAAAGAGUAUGAGCAAAAAGAUGCAAGAAACGGAAGUAGAUGAAAAUAGGAAGGGGUGAAAGCAAGUGAAAGAAACAAAACAAAUAAAAGCAACAGAAACAGCUUAAACAUUCUCACUGCUAUGGAACAGAUAUAGGCGGUAUUGGCUGAGCGAGAUUGUGUUGGUUCGUUCUACUUCAGUGGGGCAACAUAAACUGUGAUUCAUAAAAUAGCUCUAUUGAUAGUAAGUACUAAAAAAAAAUAUCUACUCAUGCCAUCCGGUCGAUUUUUUGUAAUCAGUGUUUCGGUGUCGAACUAUUUCCUUUCUGCGGCGCAGUGAUACUUGCACAUGCGCAAUCGAAUAUGCAGAGGGGUGAAGCGAUUUUUGUCACGUGGACCAAUAGGAGCCGAGUCUUGUUGCCAUAGUAUCAGAAAUACACAAACAUGACGACGAGCGCAUCUAGCAGCGAGACAAGCGAAGAGGUUAGAAAAGAACAGGAAAAAAAGAAAACAGCCUUCAAAAGUGCAUGAAAAAGGAACGAAACAAUGCUAUAUGCAUCUAUCAUCUGUCCAGAGUGAAGACGUUCUCGACUUUACAAGGACAUGUUGGGAAACUUACAGAACAAGUAUUAGAAAGUGGCUUUCUCUACAGGGUGAGGCAAAGAUCCUUGCAGAAACUUAUAAACACAGGUCGGUCGGUCGGUCAGUGGUCUGUUGUAAAAUAAAACAGAAAACGGCUUCAUCGGAUAUGGUUGAUAGGUGUUAGCUAAAGAAAUAGCCUGUUAUUACAGUUUCCACAAAAAAUAUUCACAAUAAAAUAAAAAGUUAGCAGGUUGAGAUUUUUUGUCAAAAGACACUCCUGAAGCGUGUAAAGGGAAAUAUAUGAAAAGACUGCUUUGUCCACAAAGGGUGCCACAACUGAGAGUUCCUUAUAGGAGCUUUAAUGCACACUAAGUUAAGCUACAGUAAAAGUUUAUAUCAAAAACUUGGUUUGCAGACAUAUUUAAGUAAGUAUGAAAGGCUUUUCUAAAUUAGGUUUUAAGAAUAAUAUGUGUAAAACCUUUGAGUGACUUUUUUUAGAACAUAGUUAUCAAUGAACCAUCUGAUUUUUAUACACAAGGGUAGGAACUUAAGAGUUAAUAUAGUCAGAUACAACAUGAUACCCCAGUGCCUGUUACCUGAUACUUGAUGCACUGCUCAUGAUACCAAUGUUCUGCAGUACUUAAUAAAUUGCAAGUUAGCCAUAGAAUUACAGAAGUGACAUGCUGAGUCAAAUUUGUAUUUUCACUUAUUUUUUUCAGUGCAGAGUCUUAACAUUUUAUAUAGAAUAUGAUAAAACAAAGGAUACAGAACAUUCAGGUCAUCAAGGGAGAUGAGUUUUGGUGUCUCAAAGAGAAACAAACAUAUAAAAAUAUUACUCAUGAGUGGGAGAAAGUGUUAAAAUACAUAAAUCAAUCAAUAAAGGAAAUGCGUGUGAAUGUGUGAGAGAGAGCAGGACAGGCCUGGAUGGGAGUCUCGCCAGAGAAAGUCUAUUUCAUCUACAAAACCUACAUCUACAUCAUCGACAAAAAAGUUUGGAAAUAGUGAUAAACAUAAAUAAAAACAGAAUACAAUGAUUUGCAAUCCUUUUUAACCUAUAUUCAAUUGAAUACACUACAAAGACAAGAUAUUUCAUGUUCAAACUCAUAAACUUCAUUUUUUUAUUUGCAAAUAAUAAUUAACUCAGAAUUUCAUGGCUGCAACACGUGACAAAGUAGUUGGGACAGGGGCAUGUUUACCACUGUGUUACAUCACCUUUCCUUUUAACAACACUCAAUAAACGUUUGGGAACUGAGGAGACUAAUUGUUGAAGCUUUGAAGGUGGAAUUCUUUCCCAUUCUUGCUUGAUGUACAGCUUCAGUUGUUCAACAGUCCAGGGUCUCUGUUGUCGUAUUUUAUGCUUCAUAAUGCGCCACACAUUUUCAAUGGGAGACAGGUCUGGACUGCAGGCAGGCCAGUUGAGUACCCGCACUCUUUUACCAAAAAACCACGCUGUUGUAACACGUGCAGAAUUGGCUUGGCAUUGUCUUGCUGAAAUAAGCAGGGGCGUCCAUGAAAAGACAUUGCUUGGAUGGCAGCAUAUGUUACUCCAAAACCUGUAUGUACCUUUCAACAUUAAUGUUGUCUUCACAGAUGUGUAAGUUACCCAUGCCCUGGGCACUAAUGCACCCCCAUACCAUCACAGACGCUGGCUUUUGAACUUUGCGUCGAUAACAGUCCGGAUGGUUCUUUUCCUCUUUGGCCCGGAAGACAUGAUGUCCACUAUUUCCAAAAACAAUUUGAAAUGUGGACUCAUCAGACCACAGAACACUUUUCCACUUUGCAUCAGUCCAUCUUAGAUGAGCUCGGGCCCAGAGAAGCCGGCAGCGUUUCUGGAUGUUGUUGAUAAAUGGCUUUCGCUUUGCAUAGUAGAGUUUUAACUUGAACUUACAGAUGUUGCAACAAACUGUUUUUACUGACAGUGAUUUUCUGAAGUGUUCCUGAGCCCAUGUGGUGAUAUCCUUUACACAUUGACGUCAGUUUUUGAUACAGUGCCGCCUGAGGGAUCGAAGGUCACGGACAUUCAAUGUUGGUUUCCUGCCGUGCCGCUUAUGUGCAGUGAUUUCUCCAGAUUCUCUGAACCUUUUGAUGAUAUUAUGGACCCUAGAUGUUGAAAUCUCGAAAUUCUUUGCAAUUGUACGUUGAGAAACCUUGUUCUUAAACUGUUCGACUAUUGCUCACGCAAUUGUUCACAAAGUGGUGAACCUCGCCCCAUCCUUGCUUGUGAAUGACUGAGAAUUUUUGGGGAAGCUGCUUUUAUACCAAAUCAUGGCACCCACCUGUUCCCAAUUAGCCUGCUUACCUGUGGGAUGUUCCAAAUAGGUGUUUGAUGAGCAUUCCUCAAAUUUCUCAGUAUUUUUGCCACCUUUCCCAACUUCUUUGGCACGUUACAGCCAUGAAAUUCUGGGUUAAUUAUUAUUUGCAAAUAAAAAAUAAAGUUUAUGAGUUUGAACAUUAAAUAUCUUGUCUUUGUAGUGUAUUCAAUUGAAUAUAGGUUGAAAAGGAUUGCAAAUCAUUGUAUUCUGUUUUUAUUUACAUUUAUCACACUUUCCCAACUUCAAUGGAAUUGGGUUUUGUACAUAGGUAAUGGGGCCAGUUUUUUUUUUAAGGUAGGACUGUAAGACACUAAUAUGAUAGAGGAAAGGUGUCUGAGCAGUGAUGUCCAAAAGAAAGUUCCCGGAGGCAAUGUGACUCACUCCCAGGGCUCUAUUUUGGUGCCUCGCCGGAGACGUGCCUCAAGCGCAGUGUCAGUCAGAUCCGCCGCGCUGACUAGGCGUUCCCAAGUACAUUUUGGUAUUUUGGUGAGCCGCGCAGCCCGGCGUAAGUAUCCCCCCUCCCUAACUCAGCUCCUCCCAGCACCAUAAGUCGUAGACGGGGAGGAGAGAGGGCGUGUAGUGUCUUUAACACAGCCGAGACCUGUUUUCACCAAUCACAUAAGCUCCUCUCCUUGCCUUUAAAUCCGCCACAGGCGAGACGUAUUACUAUUUUCAUGAAGUAGUCAAAGAGAUCAAGAGAUGUCUUAAGACAGUAAUGCCACAAGAUGGCAGCUCCUCAACAAGUGUCCUCCACACCCUCUCAUAUAAGCACAGAUGGAUUUGGUGUGUGUAAUGUUGGACCCAGUGUUAAGACAAACACCCUUUUCCACAAAUAAAGACACUCAAAUAAAGUUGCUCAUAUUCAAACCUCACGUGACAAAGGUGGGUUGAGCGCACAGAUCACAACAAAAACUCCAAAAAUGGCAUUAAAAUCGGAACCAUCUGUGCGUAAAUGACGCAUCGCGCUCCGUGGCCUGGCUCUGUCUUUCAUAGAUGUUGGCAUAUAAAAUAAAUUUGGCCCACAAAACUGAAUAUUAUAAUAUCCGUAUGUCGGCUUUAAGUAGAUAACGCAUCUGAGCACUGAAACAAAUCAUCUGUUCAGCCACUGCAGCAGCAGCAAGACGGACAGAGGACACGGAGACGUGUCCAGGUCGAGCUGUGCGAGAAAUAAGAGGAAGAGGAAGAAAGAAAAGGAGGGAGACGAAUUACAUAUCUUGUUAACUUCAUCAUGUGUGUAUAUUUACUAGAUAUUUAAAUUAAUUUGAUGCGGUUUCAGCUGUGUUGAUUCGGUCAGGUUGUGUGUCCAAACGCGUGCCAAACGCCCUCAUCAGAUCAGAUAUAGAUCAGAAUAUAUCGAUAUAGAUCUAAAUGUAUGUGCUGACUCAGAUUAAUAGUUGAUGAUGAUUAUUUAUUGCACUGAAAUGUGCCUGACACUGUGGAAACCUGUCGGUGAGGCAUCAGUGACGUAUGUCGAUACGCCGCCGGUCUACCAAAAUACUACUGGACCAGCUGCGUUCCGCCUUGCGCUGAAAGCUGACCAGGUUUGAAUCAGCGAGCUUUCAGCGCACGUUACACGCCAGUGGCGAGCACGAAAAUAUCACUGCGCCAGCUGAUUCUGUCAACACCUCCCCCUGCCAUGCCACCACGCCCAGCUUGGCGGAUCUCGGCUCGCCUCCGUGCGACUCAGUCCACGAAAAUACCAAACUCGCCUUACGCCGGGCUCCGCCAGACGAAAAUACAACUGCGCGGGGCUCGCCGCCCUCCGCCGCCUCACCGGCGCGAUCGAAAAUAGAGCCCCCAGUCUUAAAACACUAGGUGUCAAUAAACUUCAGCAUAGAGAGUAAACGCAGGAGAACAAACAAGACAUGAUUCUAUACCAUUUUCAUAUUUACAUAUGAGAACCACCUUGACCAAUACUUCUCGGCUUUAUGAUCAUAGAGUCUGAGGGAAAAGGUCAGUAUUUCCAUUUUGUAUAUUUCUUUUACAGUGGCUGUCCACUCUCUCACUGUUGGUGGCUCCCCGUUAGGCCAUUUCCUUGUUACUGAUUUCAGGAGUAUUUUCAGAAGGUACUUGUCAUAGGGAUUGAGUUAGGUUGGUAAAUUACACAAAUAUACAGUUUUCAAGUCACACUCAGUUUUAAAACCAAGAAUUGACUUUAUUUCUUCGAGUACCUCUAGCCAAAGGUUGGAUUACUGGGCAGCCCCAAAAGAUAUGACAGUGGUCCGCCAACACAUAGUUAUGCUUUUUUCCCAAACAGUUCCCACUUUCAGGUCUGCCAGUUUGUAGGUAUGCUCUUUUUGGGGUUGUGAAAAACCUGAUAAUUUAUGUGAAAUUCCCUCUACUGCCCUGAACUAGUGGAGGAGGAGUUAACUUGAUGUACACUUAGCCACUCAUCCUCUGUCAGUGUUAUUUUUAGUUACAUUUAACAUAGUAAGUUGUUUUUCUAGGUUUGCAGGCAUACGGAAAUUCUUGAAACCACUUUUGUUGAGUCAAAUUUAAUGGGUGACCAUAGACUGUAUAUAGAAUGGACAGCUUCUGCCUCCUUGAUGGGUGAAGCCACUCUGAGAACAGCACACUCUAGUGACAGGCUGCAGUAUAGGUCAUAAAUCCCGCCUCUGCCAGCAAAGCUUAUGGAGUUGUGGGCAAACUUUAGAAAUUUAUUACACAGAACAUAUGUAGUUACUGUAAGACUGGUCUGUGCUCAAGUCCUCUUUUUUCUCUACAGCUAUAUUUAUAAAAGUUAUGAGGGGUUCAUGUUUUUCUAUGAUUGACACUUGAUACAGCUUAUGGGCGUACGAAGAUUGCGUAGCUCACCCGAGAGAUAUGCUGUUUGAGCCGAGCGUCAUCACAGCGACUCUCUGUGACUCUCCCACCGAAUGCAUUCAACUCUACUUCGCAAGUGGUGGAGUGUGUACAAUGCUACUGCAUAAGUGGUGGUUUCAGGAAAUAGAGAAAAAACGUGGAAUUACAGAGAGCUUUUUGGCUUCAAAUCCAUAUACUGGUAGAAGGCGGAACCAAGUUGUCCAUAGUAUAUAGAGUCUAUGAGGGUGACCUGCUUAGAUAGCUGUAUUAUUUUUAAAUUUAACAUGCCAGUGCUACAGUCAUUUGACUUGCAUGGGUUGGAAUGAUAUAUCGCUGUGUUGAUAUUUUGUCCUACCCCCAUUUAUUAGUGCAUACUCACUAAUCAUCCUUAUCCACAGUGAAUGAUGUAUGCUUUUGCAUCCCUGCCAAGCUCUCUGACAGCUCUUGUCUGAUUCACAACCACAGUUUGUACACACAAACAUAAAACACUUUGCCAUAUGCUCUGCAGUCCACUUAAGUGCAGAUUUGAAUCACUGUUUUGAUGAAACCGGUUAAGGGGGAGAGAAGUGUUAUAAACUAACGAGACCUGUUGACAAAUCUCUGAGAUGCAUUUACCAAACAGGCUGUGAGAGAAAAGUUUUUGCUGACCACCACCGUUCCCAAUAUGAAUAAUGUUCACAGAUUAGCCAAAACUCUUAUCUUAUGAUGUGAUCACUGAAUCCCAGGCUGAAAAUUACCCAGAGAAAAGGUUUAGUGGCAGGCUCUAACAGAAGGCAAUUUAGUAAGUAAUUAUCUAACGUGACUGUUGGAGCUGCACACACGGGGCCUCACAGUUGGGGGAUGGAUUAAAUGGCACCGAACUGGGCAUCAUGCAAAACACGUGCCACAUGCUGAACACACAAACACUCCCAGAGAUUAUCCAAGCACGCUUCGAAAGACAAACAUACUGUAGUGUGGCGGUUCAGAGAGUUUUUCCUGGUUAGGUGAAGUGUGACUGUGUCUCGUGAAAGUUCUUGUAAUGGAGGAGUUUGGUGUGGUGGGUAGUGUAGGGUAAUGUAUAGCACAAACUAUACUGAACAAAAAUAUAAACGCCCAUUGUCAAAUAUAAGAGUUUUAUGAACAUUUGGGUUAUGGUAUAUGGAGAAACUCAAAAUAUAUUUUCAGUAAUUACUGAUCUUCAUAUUGGCAUUGAUAACAUCGUGGUAUGGCCAUUUGUAGCGGAUUGACAGUCCUUUAAACAUGAUAGGGGUCAGGUUGAGGAAUUUGAUUUUUCAGUUUCUUGUGUGUCCACCAGCUGCGUCUCUCAGAGCAACACAUCUUCUUCGCAUGGAGUUGAUCAGAUUGUAUAUGGUGGCCUUUGGAAUGUUAUUCCAUUCCUCCUGGAGUGCCACACGGAGCUGACCCACAUUGCCUGGAACUGGAACACGGUCCCGGACACGCCUAUCCUGUACAUCCCAAAGAUGCUCUAUUGGGGACAUGUCUGGCGAAUAUGCAGGCCAGUCCAGAACUUCAAUGUCAUCUGUUUGAAGGAAUUCCAUGCAGAUGCGGGCAACAUGAGGUGGGGCAUUGUCAUGUUGAAAGGUGAUGGCAUGCUGGCGCACAACAAUUGGGGUGAGAAUCUCGUCCCGAUAACUUGGUGCAUUAAAAUUUCCCUUCAAUGAAGUGCAAUGGUGUUCUAUGCCCGUAUGUGAUGCCUGACCACACCAUAAUGCCACCACCUCCAUGGGCAACCCUGGGCAUAACAUUCGCAUCUGCAAACCGUUCACCCAUGCGUCGCCAGACACGCUGUCUUCCAUCUGCACGAUACAACUGGAACCUGGAUUCAUCCGUGAACAUCACUCUUCUCCAGUGUGCCAAGGGCCAUCGGACAUGUGCAUUCGCCCAUGCGAGUCGGUUCCUAUGCCGGACAGCAGUGAGAUCUACACCACGGUGAGGGUCUUGUGCUGGAGUGGUCACACGUGGCCGACGAGGAUGAGGUCAAUUUGUAGUAGUGCCCGUUUGUUGGAAAUGAACUCUUAAAUGGCCUAUGGUCCGAUGAUGGACAUUGAGCCGUGCAGCUACUGCUCUGGUGGACAUCCCUACAUCCAACAUGCCAAUGGCACGCUCCCGCAUAACUUUGGACACCUGAGGCAUUAUGACUAUGAAAUUUGACAUUUUGGGGUGGCCUUUUAUUGUCCUCAGUCCAAGGAUUGUCCAGCUGCUGCUCAUUUUGUCUGAUCACCCACUGGACAUGCCCCACCCAUGCACUGAGUAAAAAACAACUCACUGAGUAAUGCUCACUGACAGCAAGUUGGAUUAAAAAUUAUACACAAAUCAAGAGAAAUAUUACUUUUGUACAAUAAAAUGUCAGCAAAUGCUCAUUUACAGUUGUUAACUCCACAUGGCAACAAUAUUUGACAUGGGGCGUUUAUAUUUUUGUUCAGUGUAAAUACACACCAGAAAAAUAGACAAGAACCUUUUUUCUGUGUGAAACCUAUUACAAAAAGGAAAAUGCAGAGCUGUCAAUCAUGCAUGAUUUGGACCGUAAAUAUAACCAGUUACAACUCAUGGUAUUCAAUCAAAAUACUGACACUGUGGCACCAAAUGGUCACCUUUGAGAUGGUUAUUUGCCAGAAUAUUCUGAACCAUUGAAGGCUUUUUCAGGAGCUUUCUAAUGCAGUUUUUGAACUCGUGGUCUGCUCGAAUAGAUAAGAUACUGGAGCUUAGACUGCUAAAAAUGUUGCACUGGUUUAAAUGGUGUCAGAACAGACAGUGCAUUGCAAUUUCUUAUGUAUGCGACAAGCCAUUUACUUCUCUAAACAUCUAUAUUUUUAUACCUGAGCAUCAUAACUGGACCACAUGGUAAAGGAAGGUGGCUAGGGAGCACACUGCAGUUUGAAGUGCUGACUUGGUCUUCAAGUUCUCCAGUUAUCAGUCCAAACAAGCAUCUGUAAGGUGUGGUGGACAACUGAGUCAUAACCACAGAGGCCUGAUCUCGUAACUUCCAGGACUUGCUAGCAUCCUGUGACAGAUACCACAGUAGUUUAUUCAGGGGUCUAGUUGAAUCUAUGUCUUGUCAAUUGAGGGCCAAAAACAACCCUGAUCUGUCGAGAGGGAGGUGACACAGUAUUAGGUGGUCAAAGUGUUAUGGCAGAUGUUAUGGUUUAAAGUCAUUUGCACCACUGAAAUGCUCUUGGUGACAUUUAGUUACACAAUCAAACCCCUUUGUUGAUGACCUUGCUGGAUCAUACCCUUUUAUAGUCUUUUAAACAUUGCAUUUUGAUUUUUUGUUUCGCUGACUUUUCUGUAUGUGUCUUUGUCUCCUCUAGAUGCUGACAGGCAGGAUGCCAUCAACCUGUUCCUCCAGGUCUACCAGCCAUCAGAAUCCAAACCACACCUGUGGGAGCUGCCUACUGACUUCUACUUACACCAGAGGAACACCAUGGCUCUCCCGCAAGACAGACGCAGGUAAACACACACUCCAACUCUAAAACACACAAAUAUCAACUGUAAACAUGCAUGAAUCAAGUUAUGGAUACAUACAGUAUUUGAACAAACACACUGGGGUGCAGCUCAAAUAUGCAUUGAUAGAUGCAACAUCUUUUUCAAUUGGUCUUGAUAGCUUGAAUGUAUGUACCCCUGCUUUGCUGUUUUUUUUAAAAAAGCUCAGGGUGUGUAAGACCCCCACAGGGGCUGAGGUUAUUCACAUGUGCAUAUGGUUGGAUUAUUUUAUCUUUGAUUGCUUUUGUGGUCAAAACUUUGCAAUUGAACCUCCUCUUUCACCUGUACAAGGAUUGCACAGCUGCGACCUCGAGGUGUAAUUAUGUGAGUGGCACAGCUGAGGUUUGUUUAUCGCUCAUGCUGAAUGUGAGGGCCACAUUGCUGCAGAUAUUCAUAUCAAACAGGGUUUGUUCAGUAGCCCUGAAAGCUCAAUGUGGCAUUUUGAAAUAAAUGACUGCAAUGAAAAAAAUUCCACACAUUCUGAAUCCAAUCCAAAGACUGGGAUGCUAAAAGCUUUUACACAACUGUGUUUUACCUUCCAAAAAUAACACAAUUUGGGGAAUGUUAAGAAAUGGUAAAAGUUUUUCUACAUACCCCAUCCAUAUUCUUUAUUUCCAUUAAUUUUCCGCAGGGGGUUAGUUGACUCUUUUAAUAUUAUCAGAGCAUUUGCCUUGUUUCUGAUUAUUUACCAAACUCUUGGUAAUCAGGAACCAUCAAAUCAGAAUGUGAAUGAGGCUUAUGAAGGUUGUUAUUAAGUGUACUUCGGUAAAUUAUGACACAUUUGGUGCUAUGUUGACAUUGUUUGGGAAGGCAUGGUCGUCGACAUAGCACCAAAUGGGUCAUAAUUUACUGAAUGACACUUAAUGACAACCUCAUUCAUGUUAAUGACAGGUGUCAUGUCAUGAUUAUGACAGCGCAAUGUCAGACUUAUGUAUACCCCUUCAAAUGAAGUGUUACCGCAUAAUUUGAGAAUAUCAGCACACUGAAAUUAUCCUCACUUUUGCUUUACCCUGGGAUCUUGUUUUCCCUGAAUGGACUCCAGUCCUGUUCAUUAUUGUGCUUUUUACCCAAUUACCCAGCUUAUAACUGAAGACAUAAAUAAGCUGACACAAAUGAUUGACUUUGAGAUUUCUUUAAUCAAAAAAAAAUAUAUGUAGACAGAGGGGGGAAAAAACACCCUAUGGCUGACGCUUCCACUGCACUACUUAACAUUUAACUGGACAUUUAAUUUGUGGUUAAAUCAUGGUGAAACAUUAGUCUGCUCAAUUUUUAUGUUUCAAAUUAGACUGAACAUUUCUAUUGAAGAUAAUCUUAGACAGGAUGAACAGGACCUCUGCAGGAGUCUUUCUGUCAAAAGCUCUGUCCUCAUUCAGCUCUCUUUUUUUCUCAGAGGAUUUGCAGCUGACACAUCUUUGAAUAUAAAUCACACAAAUAUCACUGAUUUGAACAUUGCUGCUUGUAUUACUUUUGCUUAUUCUGUAAUGAAACACAAACAGAGUUGCACUAACCACUUCUGCCUAGAUUACAGAACAGGAUCCCUGGAGUUUUUUGUUCUCCUAAUACAUAAAGAUAAUAGUGAAAUUAUCUCCCCCCAUGUUAUUUGGCCUACUGAUUUAAAAUGCUAACAAAAACAUUUUUGCCACAGUGUCUACAGGCAAAAUCAGAAUGUGCCAGAUUGAUUUGAGUUUUAAUAUGGUUGCCCCUAGUGUUGCUUUUGUUUUAAAAAUUAAUGACCAUUGUUAUGAGGUUUGAUCAAUCAGAACUGAGUAUUCCUAAUACUGCGUUUUGAUUUAAGUUAUAUACAAGUUAAAUAAAUACUUUAUUACAUUCAUAGAUAAGGCUGGUCUAUUUUUGAAGCAUUCAAUUACAUUGUAUUUAUAAGAAGGUAGAUUGUUUAUGUAGCCAUUUUUCUGCCUGAGCUUUAGCCAGCAUCAGCCUUUACCCAUAAUUCACUGACUGAUUCGCUGACUUUUGAGUUUCACUUUAACUUGUCAUCCAUGCAUUGUGUUUCUUAGUAUUAUGGCGCAUAUUUGUGGGUGUGUACUCUUUUGCAAUUCGAACACUCUCCUUUGUCCUCAUGCUUACAUAAAAGUAGACCCAGUUGUCUGCUACAUGCCACUAAUUCAUGCAGCCACAAUGGGCAAAAGUAGGUCAGCCAUUAUUACAAAUAAAUUAGCAUGGUGGGAAUUGAAUUCACUUCCAAAGCCACACACUGCGCCUUUGCUGUAAAAGUCACCCUAAUAGUUCAUCUCACUCUAAAUACUAAUCAGAGAGUUUAUUCAGAUUAGCCGUAUUGAAUAAAAGGAUGCUGUGUUCAGGAGCUUUACAGUAGGUGGUCCAAUCCAACAAUUUUCAGAUCUAGGUUAUGUUGAGGAGAGGCAGUCUGGACUGCAGAAUACAUAUCAGUCAGUUUACAGUUUCUGUAAGGUUGAAAACAAAUUCAUGUAUUUUUCUGUUUCUAUUUUUCCAGCUACACAUUUUGGUGGUCAGUGGGAAUCCUGUCCUAUCUUCCUGUGGCGUAUGACGAAGGUAUCUAUGCAGAAUAUAUUGGUGAUAAUACUCUCCAAAAUCCAAGACAUUUCAUCAGAAUAUUUCUUUUACAAAGUAAUGCCUUUAUUCACUUUUUUAAAACACGAAUGAGAUUUAGGUAAACUGGGAAGUUUAAGGAUUAGGAGUACAUAGCAUUUCCCACAGUCAGCAUUGAUGAAAGAUCACAUUGUAAGGGUCACAUUUUUCUGAACUCUCCAACAAACUCCAACAAAUACACACCUGAGAAAAGUGUGUUAUUCUGUUUGUUUCAUGAUUUCAGGCUUCCUCUGUCUGUGUGUGGCACAGACUUGUUACAUUCAGGCCUUUUCACUAAAUGUUUUUGUGUGUCUCCAUUCAUGUAAUCACACAUUGAUGCAGUCGCCUGUGAGGAGAACAUGAAAAAGGUCAAAGUGAAGAGAGUGAACCGCUUUGAUGAGAGUAUCGACAUCUACACUGAAUUCUUCAAACCAUAUGAGCUCACCUCAUUUGAUGACACUUUCUGCAUUGCCAUGACUAACUCUGCAAGGUGAUUACGCAGACACACAAAACACACACGGAUAUACAAAUGACUUCAUGAAAAAGAGAUUGUGUGAUGUGUGUGAUACUGCUUCAUCAACAGUGUUGAAGUCAAUGACAGUUCAUGCAGCGUUGGCUGCUUAGAUGUCACAGAAUUAGUUUUUAAAAACAUUGAAACUAUAUUUUAUUUUACUUUUAAUUCUGCUUUUAUUUUAUCCAUUGUUUUAAUUGUUUUUUGAUUGUUUUUUAUCUUGUUGUUUUGUCUAGUUAUGUACAGCACUUUGUUCAGCUGUGGUUGUUUUAAAGUGCUUGACAAAUAAAGUUGAGUUGAGUUGAGUUGAGAACUCAUGAUAAGAAACACAUAAAAUAUGGUGUACCAAAGUUUAAUUAUAGGCUGUUGUUGUGAGAGCACUGCAGGAUUUCUGCUAAUGGAUGUCCUCCUCUUUUUGUGUUGAAAAGGGAAUUUAUGCCCAAGACAGUAGGAGUGGAUCCAAGCCCAUUCACUGUGCGCAAACCAGAGGAAACAGGAAAAUCUGUGCUUGGGUGAGUGCACAAUCUUAGGCUAUGUAGAUGACCUCAUCAUUAUUAUGAUGUUUUUGGCAUGUAAUACAUGCAAUGUCACAGUGCCCUGGUGCACACCACUUCAUCUGACACCCUGUGCUCAAUCAACCAAAAACAAGCCUCUGUACCUUCCUCUUGCCUUUGUUGGGAACAUACAAAGUUGUUUUUACCUUUGAUGAACUGUGUGUGUGUGUGUGUGUGUGUGUGUGUGUGUGUGUGUGUGUGUGUGUGUGUGUGUGUGUGUGUGUGUGUGUGUGUGUGUGUGUGUGUGUGUGUGAUCUGUCCUCCACAUACAUUUUACUGCUUAAUUCACAGCUUCUCCUUUGUUAAACAUCUAAUGGGCUGAUGGCUCAAAAUUGCCUCCACAUAAUGGCAGUAAAGCUUGACUGCCAAUAUGCUACACAUGGCUGAUCCAAUGUUCUGUAUGCUUAAGUGUUAUCCUUCAAAGAUAGUCCUUUAUUCCAUAUAGAACUGCACUGGCUUCCUUAAAGCAGUCUUUAAGGGUCCACUACACCCUAAUUGAUAAGUGGUUCAAGUGUGUCAUUAAAGCUCUCAGGUACCUUAGGUUUGUGAUAAUUUCAGCAUGUGGUGAACCAGACUGUACCUCUUACCUUUUGGCUGCUUUUGUCCUGUCAAUGUGCAAGUAGCAGUGAAAAACCUCCUCCUGCUUCCUAUUCACAUUUAGUCAUAUCUCUCAUUGUGGGUAUAUGAUAUGAAAACAAGAAACAGAGGCUGUUCCUGCAGCGUGACUUAGCUGGUUUAGUGCAAUCCUGCUGUACUAGUCUCAAGCAUUCAAAAUGUUAUUUAAGCAUGAAGUGUCUCCCUUUUGUUGCUAACAGUCUUAUUUGCUUUUGUAGUUCAUGGAGAAGCAGAAAUAUACAUUUUGGUCUGUUAAAUAAAAAACUCUGUCAAACUGAACCUUCAAUCAAAAUAAGGUGGUAGAGUCAGACAUAAGCGGGGGGAAAAAUGUCAUACUCGUUUUUACAAGGAGUUCCAUAACUGUAAAGAUAUGUGGCUGUCUUGGCCAGGACUCCCAUGGAAAAUAGAUUUUAUAUCUAAUAAUAAGAGUUAAAUCACAUAAUAUAUAAACGUAAGAAUCAUUUGGUUGGCUGAAGAUUCCUCAUUAAUGUUUGGAAGUGAAGUCAAAUCUAUUGCAUUGUCAUCUAUGAACGUUUAUAACAUAAAGUCAGAAAAUUUUGUUUUGUUCUAGCUUUUACAAGUAUUGCCUAAACUAACAAUAUGUAACUUCUGAUUCCUCAAGACAUGAAAAACAUCUUUUUUUUUUUUUUUACUUCAGGGACCUCACAUUAGCUCAUGAAUCAUGCCCCUAGAUGCUCAAUGCCACCUCUGGUUUAAGUGCAGUGUAUUAUUCCCGGUGACAUUUUGCAUGAAUAACAGAACAAGAGGCUUUAAUUGAGCCUCCACGGUUAACUAUGAUAAUCGUUUGUGCAUCCGACAGACAAUUGUGCCAAAAGACAAUAAAGGGCUCAUUUGGCUGCUCUAUUUAGUGUAAUUUGAUUUCUUUUAUUUCUGUAGCACAGCAGCACCUGGCCAAAUGACUGCACGAUGCCUCAGGUGUGACUGAAAUACGUCAGUGGAGGACAGAUAUACAAAACCAGCACGUGUACACACAUGCUUGCACUGACCGACACACAGUACAUCUCUAUUUUCAGACAUCGACUCAUCUAUUCUCUGAGUCAUUUGUCAUGGUCACAAUAGAAACUUGGUGAGAAACUCAGGGAUUUUUUUCUCUCAACAUCUUUAAGGAGUUUGUCAAGAUCCUCCACCAAGGAGAGCAGUCUUGAGUCAUGAUUGAAAAUAAAAUGGUACACUGUAACUGUUAUCAGAGGCAAAGAGCUGUGAAGAGCUGUGGCUUCACUAAGACAUAUCAGAGUACUAUUUUUACAUCACACCUAUAACUCUUUGGAAUGAAAUGGUAACAUCAUUAGAUUUCUACUUCUUCAGUAAGAUAAGAUAAGAUAAUCCUUUAUUAGUCCCACAAGGGGAAAUUCCAAAAACCUUGUAAACCUGUUCCUUUCGCAUGCAUGGGAUUGAACCCCUUUUUUGAACCCCCUUUUCAUUUUUUUUAUUUUUUACUUUUUUAUUUAUUUUUAUUUUUUUGGGGGGGGGGUCAGACCAUGUCAUUUUUAGAUUUUCACCCUGUCUGUAUGACACUCAUCUCCAGGCCUAUCAUGUAUCAGGUGAAUAAUUGUGUAAUUUUUACAACAGCACUAGUCUUGUAAACGUCUUAACCGUGAACUGUGCCCAUUGUGUAGACACAGUGUAUUCAAUGACUUUCCCUUUGGGGAUAAAGAAAGUUCUUGUGUUGUGUUGUAUCAAAAACCAGCAGAAAUCAACAAAGAAAACUAAAGAGGGGAUGUGAAUUGAGAACAAACCCUUCCCUCCAAAUUACACAGAUAUGUGUGCCUGGUGUUGUAUCAGCAGAAUGUGUUCUCCACUAACUUAGUUAGGUUAUAAAAGACAAAAACACUGACAGCCAAUCAAUGUACAUCCAAGACAAGAAGAAGGAGUGAGACCUGCUGACAUAAGUCACAUAACAGGUCCUUUUACAGAUUUGCUAUCAGACCAGAAGAAGGUAGAUUACAAGGAUCCUCAUAGACACAGAUCAGCCAAAAUCAACACAAACCAAAAGUUCCUUGUAGUUGCUCCUUUAUAUACAUUUGUGUUACACUCUGGUUCCAUAACUUACUCUAUCAAAGCAAUGCAAAAUCAUCAUUAUGUAAGCAACUACAUCUGACUUUGUUGUUUGGAAGAUGAAAGACAUUUAAUAUUUAAACUGGUGAAGUUCUGACCUUUCUCCUGCUGAAAAUGUGUGGUGCAUUAUGACGUAUAAAAUUUGUUUAUGUAUCACAGUUAGAAUUGGGAAGGGGAGAAUAAUAUCCGAAUGUCCUCCACUCUAACACUGUUGUAUUUCACCAACCAGAAUCUCAAACUUUUGGAGCAUUAUUUCUAAGUGGGCAUUUUCCAAACUGCCAUCAAAACCCAAACUACAGGGAAUAAGAGGCACAUUUUGGCCGGUUUUACAGAAGCCGGCACGUGGAUGAAGACAAAGUUUGGACUGGUUGAGGAUUGAGCAGUGACUCAGCCAGGCUUUUCUUGGCUGUUUUAUGAAACAAUUAUAGUUGAAGAAUAAAGGAGCACUUUAGAUUUGUUUGUUUCAGUAUUAGUCAGCUCUCUUUGGUGAGGAGCUGAGGAAGCAUAUAGAGAAUUUUCCACUCUGAUAUAAAAACCACUCCCAACUGCAUUUUUAUAAAAGAAAAAUUUAUCACUCUGAAAUGAUUCAUGAAAGUAUAUUGCAUUAAACCCACUCGUUAGUUUUAAUUUCUAAGUGGCCUCUUUCACCUUUUUUUUUCUUUUUUUUGGCAGCAACAAGAGCAACAAAGAGGAGACAAUGCUGCAGAGGAAGACUGCAGCCAGUGCACCUCCACCCCCCAGCGAGGAGGCCAUCAGUAGCUCCUCGGAGGACGACUCAGAGGAGGACCGUGAUGAUGACGGGUCUGUGUCACAGCGCUCCACUCCGAUCAAAUUGCUAACAGAGUCUGGAGACAGCAAUCGCACACAGGAGGUACGGAAGAACAAAGCACUACACAGUUAAAGAUGUUUACAUCAAGGCAGUCUUGGGACUAAAUAACCAUCUUCAGACCCUACUAUGUGUCUUUAUGUAUGUUGGCCAGCUUUGGGCAUUCUGAUGAAACUAAUUAGGGACAAACUUUUUCUGCGCACCAUGGUGUCUAUGGUCCUGGUAGCUCUUUGACCGUGAAGAGCUACUAAAAUUGAAAUUUCCAAUACUAAAAUGUAGACCCUGGCCCACAGAUUCUUGUUUUUAUGUAGAAUCUGUAAAAUAGAAAUUACUCUGAAGGAAGCACAGUUUCACUGAAAUAUUUGGUAAGAAAUGAAAUGGGAUGUAAACACUAUGGGCUCUGCCUCGCCGGAGACGUGCCACAGGCGCGGUGUAAGUCAGGUCCGCCGCGCCGACAAGGCGUUCCCAAGCACAAUUUGGUAUUUUGGUGAGCAGCGCAGCCCGGCGUAAGUAUCCCCCCUCCCUAACUUAGCUCCUCCCAGCGGCGUAAGUCGUAGUGAGGGAGGAGAGAGGGCGUGGAGUGGGUUUAACACAGCCGAGACCUGUUUUCACCAAUCACAUAAGCUCCUCUCCUCGCCUUUGAAUCCGCCACCGGCGAGGCGUCUUACAAUUUUCGUGAAGUAGUCAAAGAGAUCGAGAGAUGUGUGAAGACAGUAAUGCCACAUGAUGGCGACAGAAGGCAGCUCCUCAACAAGUGUCACUGUAAGCGCUGCAUUGGGCGUCUUCCACACUCUCUCAUACAAGCACAGAUGGAUUUGGUGUGUGUAAUGUUGGAACCACUGGUAAGACAAACACCCUUUUCCACAAAUAAAGACACUCACAUAAAGUUGCAUAUAUUCAAACCUCACAUGACAAAGGUGGGUUGAGCGCACAGAUCACAACAUAAACUCCAAAAAUGGCAUUAAAAUUGGAACCAUCCGUGCGUAAAUGACGCAUCGCGCUCCGUGGCCUGGCUCUUUCUUUCAUAGAUGUUGUCAUAUAAAAUAAAUUUGGCUCACAAAACUAAUUAUUAUAAUAUCCGUAUGUAGGCUUAAAGUAAAUAACUCAUCUAAGCACUGAAACAAAUCAUCUGUUCAGCCGCUGCAGUUGCAGCAGGACAGGGAGAGAACACGGAGACAUGUCCAGGUCGAGCGGCGCGAGAAAAAAGAGGAAGAGGAAGAAAGAAAAGGAGGGAGACGAAUUACAUAUCUUGAUGACUUCAUCAUGUGUGUUUAUUUACUAGAUAUUUAAUUUAAUUUAAUGCAGUUUCAGCUGUGUUGAUUCGGUCAGGUUGUGUGUCCAAACGCGUGCCAAACGCGCUCAUCAGAUCAGAUAUAGAUCAGAAUAUAUCUAUAGAUCUAAAUGUAUGUGCUGACUCAGAUUAAUAGUUGUUGAUGAUUAUUUAUUGCACUGAAAUGUGCCUAACACUGUGGAAACCUGCCGAUGAGGCAUCGGUGAUGUAUGCCGAUACGUCGCCGGUCUACCAAAAUACUACUAGACCAGCUGCGCUCCGCCUGCGCUGAAAGCUGACCAGGUUUGAAUCAGCGCACUUUACACGCCACUGGCGAGCACAAAAAUGUCACUGCGCCCCCUGAUUCUGUCGACACCUCCCCCUGCCACGCCACCACGCCCAGCUUGGCGGAUCUCGGUUCGCCUCUGUGCGCCUCAGUCCACGAAAAUACCAAACUGGCUGUACGCCGGGCUCCGGCAGACGAAAAUACAACUGGGGGGGUCCGCCACCCUCCGUCGCCCCACCGGGGUACUCGAAAAUAGAGCCCUAAGGAGCAAUUUGAAAUCCCAGUCAGUACAAAUCUAAAUGUAUCUUGCUUCAAAGUUAUCUUGUUUAAUGAAUAUGGCACAAAAUAGUCUUAAAAUCUUCCUCUCAUCCAAGGUUUUGUAAUCCCCUCCAGGGACCACAGGAAAACAUCAUCAAAGCUGAGGCUGAGUCAACAACACUUGCUUGUAUUUUGGGCCACAAAAUUCAUUAAGCAUUCCAAUUUUAGAGUGUCCUCCUGAUUGAAAUUCUUCCCCGAGUCACUGAAGAGAAAUAAGCUUUGUUUUUUAUUGCGUCAGACGGGGUAGUCUUCCUUAACUGAGGUUUCUGUCAGGGGUCUCAUUGGUGAGGGGUCUGUGUUGACGAAUGAAAGAGAGAUGUGGUCUUUAAACCCUUUAUUUUUUUUCUCCCUUCCUCUAACUUUUACUGUCAUUCUUUUCCUAGAGAACAAGCACACUCCACUCCCCCAUACGAUCUCUUUUAAUAUGCUUUUGUCAUAAAAGGAAUUAUCAAUACUUACACACUGUUUGAUCUCACAGACUAUAUGCUGCAUCAAAGAUGUACUGUAUUUCUUAUUGAUCUGUUUUUAUUUUUAGCAAAUCAUAGAGGAUGUUUUUUAAACUUUUGGCCUGGGGUACCAAAUAACCUACUAAGCAAAAAAUCAAUCAAUCAAUCUAACCUUCUCCUUUAAGACAAAGACAUCAAUAAAAUAAACCUUUAAAAAGGCACCUGCUGAUUUGCCCCCAUUUAGGCAUUUCUUGCCUGACUUAACUUUUGAAGUUUUUUGUCAGAACUUCCAUCUUAUGCCAAGACCACAGAAGAUCUAAAGCUCUUUUUGCAGUUAUAUUUUCUAGAUCUUGUAAAGAAAUAAGUGGUUUAGCAUUCAAAAUGUUGUUCCUUUUGCAGACUUGCUCCUGUAGUAAAAGUGCCCCCCUUAGAAAUCAGUUCUGCUCCACUGCUGUGCUUAAAACUCGUGUGAGGAUCUCAAAGUCUUGUCCUCUACAUGCUUAAUUAGUGUCUCCUGACAAAAAAUCUCAUACUGCUGUGAUAGUGAAAUAUAAUAUCUACGGAAAUUUUUAUGUGGAAAUUGUGAAAACGGGGCUGUGUCUUUAGCUGCCAGGCUGAAACUUAUCCCCUCACAUUGAUUGUGACUGAUUGUUAGAAAUCAGCAGGAUGAGAUUUUUACCAGUGCAGCAUAUGGAGGACAAGAUGAUCAAAGACUUCUUUGUCCACAGGGGGCGCCAAAAUAGGUACAAACCGAAAGCUCCUCUCAGGAGCUUCAGAUGUUUGUGAUUGGAUUUUAUUUUUUCCUGCGGGGGUUUCGCCUGUACUUGAGACAGUAGAGCUAGUGACAGAGCAGGAAUUGACUCUCAAAUAAAUGUUUUUUUCAAGUCUUACAGAAUUUGUCUCUCAAAAUAACAUCCUUGUUUUUAUUCGUUACCAAGAAAAAAAGACUAGGCCCACUGUACAAUCUGUGAUAAAAACAAAUAAACACUCAAGUCCAGUUGUCUCACUAUCACAGUUAUGUGGUUAGAAAAUAUUUGUUGUGACUGACACAGAAUUCUUGUUUUUUUUGCAUCUACCUUCAGAGACUUUUAAUGUCCUGCAGUAAAAACAAAGUAUUUAUUUGUCUCCCAAACAUCAAGAAUUAAGACCAGUUUUAAAAAGCAGAUAGAAACAAACACUGUGUGAGUGAGCUCAUUCUGUCACUCUCAACAGAAGUGUAACACUGCCAAGUUGUAGCAAUGAAAACAAAUCAAGACGUUGUUCUUCUCAUUUCAUAAUUUCUCUGUAACUGUCUUUUAUGUAAUGACCAUACCAUCCAGGCAUUGUUGCUGUUGUUGUUGCAACUGACUCUUCACUGAGACUUCCUUUUCAUUUUAUGUGAGAAUCUGUUUACAUCCUAGCUUAGGUUUUAUCACGGUGUACAAAAGGGUACUUGAUUGAGGAGUACAUGAUUUUUAAGGUGGUGUCACCAACCAUCCCAUGAGCUAUUUAACUCUGCCUGACAGCCACUUACUCUUGUGAAAGGUUAAAGGUUAAGAUCCAAGUCAUGUGAGAUUGAAGAUGCUAAGCACAACAUGCAGAAAUAACAGCAAAACUCAAGUCAUCUGGAUCACAGCUUGAAGCUAGUCCAUCAAUCAAUUACUACAACAUAUUCCCCUUUCUAGGGCUCUUCAGACCACUUCUCUCAGAUCACUUAUAUUACAGUCCAUAACAAUAAUCUCAGAUUAGUUGAUCUUAAAGUAUCUAGUUCAAAAAGUAGUUGAAGGCGUACAGACACAGUGGUCAUGCUACCCCUGCAUGAAUCCGUGCCACUGCUGGGCCAACCCUGUUGAAAAAAAUUUGGACACAUCUCUGUCCAUCACCAUGUAUCCAUUUCAUGCCCCAAGUGGUGGUAGAUUUACACCCCUGUUGACCCAGAUUCUGUAUCACAGUUCAAGUAACGAGCCCAUCUAUCAGUGUGGGUAGUAGGUCAGUGUGUCAAAAAGAUGAAUCGAAAGCCGGAAAUGACUUUCACUCAGAAUUGUCUCACGUGGUGCUUAAGGAGGUACAAAGGUUGGUUUGACUGUUAAGAAUGAAACAGCCAUUUUGUAACUAUUGAAACAAGUAUUGUUUCCAGGCAUUGUAAAAUGUGAAGGGUGGAGGUGUUUCCAUCCACUGUGCUUCAGCUCUCUGCAAUAAAACAUCAAACAUGUAAUAACUGAUUCACUCUAAUACAAAGAAAAUAUCAUACCGGGAUGUCUGUGUUUGAGCCACAGCGAGGAAUGGCAGCUAAGUCUUGAUUCAAAUUCUCCUACGAAAGCAGCGUAUUGAAUUUCACUCUCUGAUUUGUUUUGUUCAAAGAUUUGGGAUUAUGUUAUUGAUUGACAUUAUGGGCCACUCAAAGUCAAUCCCUCGUAGUAGGCUGUAUUGGGACAGAGGAAAUAGUGCUUAGAAAGUGAAUCUUGUUCCACUUCAAAGGGGCAACGUAAGCUGUGAUUCAUAAAAUAGCUCUAUUGAUAGUAAGUACUAAAAAAAAAUAUCUGCUCUUGCCAUCCUGACGAUUUUUAGUAAUCAGUGUUUUGGUGUCGAACUAUUUUCUUUCUGCGGCGUAGUCAUACUUGCACACAUGCAAUCGAAUAUGCAGAGGGUGAAGCGAUUUUUGUCACGUGGACCAAUAGGAGCCGAGUCUCGUUGCCAUAGUAUCAGAAAUACACAAACAUGGCGAUGAGCGCAUCUAGCAGCGAGACAAGCGAUGAGGAAGAAAAGAACAGGAAAAAAAGAAAACAGCCUUCAAAAGUGCAUAAAAAAGGAACGAAACGAUGCUAUAUGCAUCUAUCAUCUGUCCAGAGUGAAGAUGUUCUCGACUUUGCAAGGACACGUUGGGAAACUUAUAGAACUAGUAUUAGAAAGUGGCUUUCUCUACAGGGUGAGACAAAGGACCUUGCAGAAACUUAUAAACAUUGCGAUGAUAUUGACUUUGACAAUGUUCCUGAUGAUGCUGGGUUUCACAUGACAUGCUACCAGCAAUUUAUUUGCAAAAGGCGUUUGAGAAACAAGAACGUGAUUCAGCUGCGGGUCAGUCAAACCCUUCAGCCAGCAUCGCAGAUGCAUCCACGUCCACGGCAUCUGAAACUCCGCGAAUGAAACUUUGCUUGAGGUCAUGGGCUGUAUUGGGACAAAGGAAAAAGAGCAGAGAAAGUGAAUUUCGUUCAACUACGCUGGUGCUACUUGUUCAAUGCAUUUUUGCAUAGACCAUACCAUUCUGGACUUUGGGUUAAAAAAUCUACUCAGACUAUCUGUCAGACUUUUGUCACCAGCCAGAAAUGUACAUAUAUGUGAGUAACCCAACAAACAAUUAUAUGGUGCUGCUGUUUUUGCUUGUAGAAACUGCGAUGUUGAGUCUGGCAAGACAAAACCUUUCUCAAAUGUCAUAAAUACAUAUACCUAACAUCUGAAACAGUUAUUGGUGCCUUAUUAUAUGCAUAACUGAAUUCAGUUUAUGAAAUGUAGCAAAUUUCUUGAAGAAAACGUCUCAACUCAAGUGAUUUGCACCCAGCACAAUGAAAUACACUGUAAGUUUAGCUAAAGGCUUAUGUUUCAUACAUAAAAAUGACACAACCUACUGUGUAAUAAAAGCUCUAUUGCAGAAAGGUCUGGAGACUGAGGGGGCCAACCCAUCUUUUGAAGAACACAUUCCUCUUCUUUUUUGUCUAGGUAAUCCUGACAGAGUUUCGCAGAAUGCUUAGGGUCACUGUCUUGCUGCAAAACUCAUGAGCCACAAGUCUGAGUCCAGCUGGAACAGCAUGGUGCUGGAGGAUGGAGUGGUACUGUUCCUUCUUCAUGAUACCCUUUACUUCAAACAAAUCUCCCACUCCAUCACCUGCAAAACAUCCCCAUACCAUGGAACUACCACCUCCAUGCUGAAUUGUGGGUGUAACACACAAUGCUUUCAGACGUUCACCAGUUUGUCUGCGGACAUUGACUCUGCGUAUUAAACCAAAUAGUGCAAGCUUGUUUCCAGUCAUCAUAAGUCCAAUUUUUGUGAGCUUUUGCCACCUCACAUCUCUUUUACUUAUCCUGUGGACGAAGUAGUGUUUUUUUUUUUUUUUUGCAGAUACACAACCCUUCAGACCAGCCUUUCUCAAACGUCUUUUCACAGUUGUCAGAGAUAUGGGUUUCAAUUGAUUUCGUCCCUUAUUUGUGGUGCUGUCUUUCGCCGAUCUCUCUUACUGGUGACAAUGCUAUGUUUAUCCUCUGCUUUUGCAGUAACUCUCUUUCGUCCAGGCCUUUUUCAAUCAUCAUAACUUCCAGGUUCCUCUUGUCUCUUCAGAGUGUAGUGGACUCCUUUGUUAGACACCAUUAGGUGUUUUGCAAUUUCUCUUUCUGUGUAUCCUUCUUUCUAGCCAUUUCUGCGGUAGUUUGAUGUUGUUGAGAUUUAUUAGGGUUUUUGUAUGCAGACUCUUAAAAGUUCAAGUGAAUUAUCCAAUUGUGAUUUUUUUUUUUUUUUGCUUUUGCACUGAAGUUGUGACUCUUGCAAAUGUUUUCAACCCUAAAACUAAGCCCUUAUUAUCUUUGCUGACAUUUAGCAAUGGUCUGUUAACAUCAAUGUAUAUCUAAAGGUAAAUGGAGUAAAAUGGUGCAUUUCCAUGAAAGCAACAUUUGAUCAUGGAUUGAAUACAUCCCAAAAUACAUGCAACUCAUGCUGGACUUUAAUAAAAGCAUUGUGAACAAAAAGUUGAAGUUACUCCCAACUGUUCGGCCUGUAAUGGCCUUGCUUCCAAACUUUUGGCCUGUAGUUGUAUAUCUUUAUUUGACUGGCAAUCAUAGCAUUUUCUAAACUUAUACUUUACAUGUCAGAAUCAUAGACUGUAUAUAAGAUGGACAACCUGGUUCCGCCUUCCGCCUGUAUACGGAUUUUAAGCCAAAAAGCUCUCGGUAAUUCCGGGUUUUUCUCCACUUCCUUGAAACCAGAGCUGCGCAGUCGCCGAGAGUCCCUGUGAUGAUGCUCGGCUCAAACAGCGUAUCCCCCCGGGAGAGCUACGCAAUCCCUGAACGCCCAUAGGCUGUACCAGGUGUCAAUCAUAGAAAACAUGCACCCCCUAAUAACUCUUAAAAACUGAGCUGUACAGAAAAAAAAGGACUUGGGCACAAACCAGUCUUACAAUAACUACAUGUCAACAUCACAAGCAGGGGGGAGAAAAAAUUAUGUUCUGUGUAAUAAAUUUUUAAAGUUUGUCCACAGUCCCAUGAGCUUUGCUGGCGGAGGUGGGAUUUAUGACCUGUACUGCAGCCCACCAUCAGAGGGUGCUGUUCUCGGAGUGGCUUCACCUAGCGAGGAGGCAGACUCUGUCCAUCUUAUAUACAGUCUAUGGUCAGAAUCCAUCGAUAAGGUUCUGUCUCCUCUGUCUCUCCUAGUUAUUGUUCUCCGGGCAUCGGGUCCUCACGUUGCACUGGCACAGCCAACGGCACUCCAUUGGCCAGUGCAACAUUGUGCAAAACUUUAUUGGCUCAAAUGAUGUCCAACACCCUUCAGGAGUGUACAACAACUUUCCCACUGCUGGGCCAAGACAGAGACACCUGCCUUUUAGGGGUCAAAUGCAGCACCCCACAGUGCCGCAUGUGCGACGUGCGUGUGUGCGCAAUGUUAAAACGGUGCUCCUGCUCUGUGGCAGUGUUUCUGGGCAGAGUAAUCAAAUAGGCCUAUUCACUAAAGACAUGACAAAUUUAUUUUAUUUUAUUUACAUCUUAAUCUUUAAUUAAAUCUGGCUGAUUGCGCUUAGUGACAGGUUUAAGGUUUGUUAAUCAAUUAUUUUGAGACAGACAUUUGCUGCACUGCAAAUCUGCACUUACUCAAACUUGCGUACACGAUGUCAGACCUGUCGUGAGAUUUGGUCGUAGGGUAUGCUCACGUUCAGAUUGAUAAAUGCCGAUCCUCACGUCGCAAUUUACAUAUGCAAGGUUUACUUUUAAGUUUUCUGCCGUACGCAAGCUUGAUAAAUGAGGGCCUUUGUCUUGAGACCAGGAGUUUCAAACAUUGAAAAUAACCAGAUAGAAAUAUAAGGUCUGUAGGAGGGUGGUCUCAUUUGCUUUGGUAGGUCAUAUAGAGGCUUGAGCGUGAAUUACAGCCUGUUUGGUAACCAGCUAAGAACUCCUCAGCAGCUUUAAUGCAAAGUUAUGUUUAACCUACAGAGAUGAGAGUGGUGGUGGGUUACUCAUUCUUUAAAAAAAGGGAAAUUUUUAAAUUCCCAAAUUCCAAGCCAAUUUCCAUUUAAAUGAAAUAAGAGAGAGAUAAAUUUGAUUUUUACAAAAGUUAACUCGAUUACUUUGGUGUCAUUAUUGAAAGGGAACUGAGGAUCUUAUUUGUCAAUAGAUUCCUAACAUUAUUCUGAUGGUAACUGUCAAUUUGAACAGCCAUAAUUGUCCCUUGUAGCUGCAAUUCUCCACAUAAUUGGAAAAUGAAGUUGCUGUAAAAUGAGCCAAGAAUUGGAACAAGAAAAAUUUCUGCUGCAUUCUUUUUGAUCUUCAGACUUGAAACGAAGGCUGUCCCUUUCGUCCCAUUCAUCCCUCUCCAAUUCAGAUUUAUGAUGUAUUUUCUGUACAUUUUCUCUGACGUGUCUUCCCGAGGGCCUUGAGCAAUGAGUCCUUCAUUAAUAUUUCUGGCUGUACUGCUAGCUCACGUGUUGAGUGCACACACUCCCUGUUGUGCGUCUCAUGUGGCUGCCUUGGAGCCUGUCUCUAAGGAUGGAUUGCCAGGGUGCCAGCACAACACAAAACUAUUAAAAUAUUUAAACAUCAGAUCAUUACUAUGUUUGCCAUGUAAUUACACAUGCUCAUUUCAUAUUCCUCUCAAAGUGACUGUACGUGUCGAUGCAUGAACAUGGAUACAUUUAUGUUCUUUUUGGGAGUAAACAAGCAUUUGUGUCCACAUCACCUGUGCUCUUGCGUGUGUAUGUGCAGCACUUGGUGUGUUUUUGCAUGUUUAGUCUCUGAUUUCUAACUAUGUCCAUAACCCUUUGUAUUUGUGUGUCUGUGUGUGCGUCCGGCGCGUGCAUGUGCACACAGCUGCUGUCUCUUGGCCUUGGUCUGGAAACACCCUCAUUUUUCUCUCCUCUGUGCAGAACAGAUCAAUACAAAUACAGUGGAAAUGGAAUACAUUACUUUACGCAUAUUGCCUUGUUACAGUGAAAAGAGAAAAUUGGUGUUCCAGACUGCUUCACUAUUACAUAACAGGCUUCAACCCAUCAUGUUGGUCCAGAGGGUAAAACACACAAAUUAUUGGGGAUUUCACUUUUGUACAAGAAAUAGUUCCUGAGGACUUUUUUUUAACAGGUUUGGUAAGUAUACUGUGAGACAAUAAAAAAAAAGAUCUGAGAGUAUAGAUUAAUGCUACUCUGUUAGUCGUGCAUUAACUGAAAACUAUGCCUCACAACUCUUCUCCAGCGCAUCUUUAUUCUCCAGAGGUGUAGCACUCAUCAUACGUGAAGUAUAUGGAGUAAUAACAUUAUGAACCAACAUUCGAAUGUUGGUGCAGGGUGUUUGAAUGUUUUUUCUAUAAUUGAAUUUCUACAACACUUUCAAACUAAAUGAACUCUGAUACUGAAUUUGCAUUAGUUUUUCUAGAGCGUGUGUGUUUCUCUGCAGCAUUCAAAUCAUGCUCAGCUGCUACCAUGUUGGCUGUGGAAACACUCAAAUCAACAAUAUAACACCGUCCACGCAAUCUCACACCCGACACAAGGCAAGAUGGAUUCAUGCCGUUUGCGUGAAACUCAUGUUCCACCACCAGCAUGUGAACACAGACACUGAGAUUAGUCUGACUGUAAGUGUUUCCUCACUCCUCACUUGUCUGACUCUCCGGAGCAUGUGAGCAUGAUUUAAUAGUGCAGUAAACUCACAGAUGUGUACCUUUUCAUAAAAAUUGGCAAUUGAGCAGAGGAAGAGCACAAAUGAUGUUCUAUCACUCAAGGCUUUAGUGCCAGAGCUCACUGUCUAUGGAUGCCAUGCCAUAAAGAGCCUUGAACUUUGAUCCUUUUGCUGAGGAAGCUUCCUGGUUUAAGUGGUUCUACUCUGAAGUUUCUUGAAUGGAAAUGGUGAGCUCUGUCAGGGCUGAAAAAGAGGGUUUGUCCUUUAUUUAUUCAGUGUCUACAUUUGCAGUAAGGCACCGAUUUUUUUUUCUUUUUUUUACCUUCCCAAACACUGUGUUACAUUAACUAGUCAACAUAGCAGCACAAAGAAAAAGUAGGACCUGGUAAAUGCUGUCAAAUGUGCUGGACAAAAACAGCCGGUACUACUGCACCCAUACUGUUGGGAAAGAGUCAAAAAUCACCUGGGACUUGUUGAAAUCAAGGUCCCAGAGUCUGGUGUCUGGAAUCCAAGGUGCUUGAAGUCCAGUGUGAAGUUUCCACAGUCUGUGAUAAUUUGGGAUGCCAUGUCAACUGCUGUUGUUGGUCCACUGUGUUUUAUCAAGUCCAGAGUCAACUAGUAAAUUUUACAGUAAGUCAUUCUUCCAUCUGCUGAGAAGCUUUAUGGAGAUACAGAUUUCUUUUUCCAGUAGGACCUGGCACCUGAACUUUUUCUUUGUUUUGCUUUCAGCUGCACCUGUAUGUGGCUUGCAGUUUUUGUUUUUUGGUGUGGCCCCUCUUUAAAAAAGAAAUGAUGGCACAGCUUCUCUACAGUGCUGUGACAAAGUCUGUAUGUGAAAAGUGUUUAAGGAGAUACAACAAUACACAAGGGUGCCAAAUUCUGGAGGGUAUUAGUGUUAGCCCCAGAAUUUUUAAAUAUUAUGAUAAACAUUAGUUUUCUUGAAGCUUUUUACCUCUGCUAUCAUCCCUCCACCCUGCUCUGCUCAAACUCACUCUGUCUUUCAUAGAUUGCACUAUUAAAGAUACUUCUUACAUAAAAUACCAACAUGACUUCAACAACACCUUUCUUGUCCUCUACCCAAGUUAUCCUCGUACUUUUCAAUGUCCUCAUGAGACUCUACACAGGAGCUCAAUCCUGACCCACUUUACCCAAAUCUCUGUUUUCAAAGAAGUCUCUCGCUACACCUUGCCGAGCUGUUAUUUGAUCAUAAUCCACCUUUUUAAGAAAGGAUUAUUUAAUAACAGUGGUACUUAAUAUCAUGCUGCUUGGAUGGUGAAUGCUUGAACACCUUUCCAAAAGAAAACACUGAAAUGCUUUGUUUGAUAGAUUGGGUUGUAUGGGAUUGAAUUAUUAAUUUCCUUGAGAAGUUUUCAUAAAUCAUAGCUUGUCCUAGAAAACAACCUUAGGAUAUUAAAUUGAUUUUGUUUUUUCAUUGCUACUCUCCUAGAAUUUUGUAAGCCUGAAUCUUCCUCUAUAAUUGUUUAUUUCCUGUAGUAAGAGUUUUAAAAGAUUAACCCACUUUAAACUUAUUGGUUAAUCCCUGUUUAUGAUUGAAUUCACUCUUUCAUUUGUUGUGCAACAGUGUUUGUUUCCUUACACUUAUGAUCAAUGGUCUUCAGUUAUAAAUUCAUCAUCUUCAGGAAUAAUAAUUUGCCUUCCCUGAACUGGUGUGCCCUUAUGUUUGAACUGGUCUGUUGUUUUUUCUGUUAGGCCUCGACAGACAAGGACACUGAGUGCAGGAACCCCCAGGAGGGCGCUGAACAUAAAAUCACCUCACCAGACAUCAACAAUCAAAUUACAUUCAUAGUUGCCUGGAUUUCAGUCUGUAGGCCACCAUAAUUAAUUAAUCAGGAGUAGAGAAGCAGCGGAACCCAAUGACCUUAUCUGCAUGAUUCUUUAUUUAUUGUUGCAGACACUUAGUUUGCCAGUUAAAGAAGCUGGCUGGAACAAUCUCUCUAUUGUUCUUAUAAAUACUUAGAGAGUUGUGGUAAAACUUUCAUACAACACUUUCUUCUGUCACAUUCAUAUGCACCUGUAAUUAUUUUCACCUGUCCUCCUCUUCAACUCCUCAGGAGAUCCAGCAGCAACAGCAGGCAGCGAAGGAACCAUAUGGACUGAAUCUGGCUGAGUUUCCUGCCAAAGAGGACUUGCACAUAUAUGAAAGGUGAUGGUCACACACACACACACGUGCAUAAGUGCAUUAUAUGUUGAUGCAGUCAUAUAUGUAAUGAUGAUGGAAGAUGCUUCAUGUCCUGCAGAGUUAAAUGAGAGAAUCACCGACAAGAUUGGUUAUUUUUCUAAGUUUUCACCCUGUCAGGAUUCACCCUGAAGUGUUCAUGUUAAGAACUAUUCUUUUCAGGAUUUCAUGUUGCUAUCAUGAAAAAAACGACAAUCUUUAGCCCAGUGGUUCUUAACCCUGUUUGAGGUACCGAACCCACCAGUUUCAUAUGCACAUUCACCGAACCCUUCUUUAGUGAUAAAUCAAAUAUGAUUUUUUUCCAAAUUCAAGACAUAGGUAUAUGUUUUUUUACUGGUACACAAAAUGAACCGUGCAUGAACAUCACCUUGAUCAAAGAACAAAACCAACACAGUGCAUGAACUCACAACAAACUACAUACCUGCAAAUCAGUGUGACUUCUGCUGUUGUUUUUGAGAGACCAGUUCAGAUAUGCGUGGCUUCACCUUGGCAAGUGCUACUCUCAUGUCAUUUUCACAGCAAAGUCUGUUCCUUUUCUUUGUUUUUAUGUCCAGCCUCCUCGAAAAGGAUUGUUUGCAGAGAUUUGUUGUAACAAAUGGUAUAAAAAAUUCCAGGGCUUUCUUAGCAAUAACUUGGUACUUUUCCAACUGAAAAAUCGUUUAUAUCAGCAGAAGACGUCGGAUAUAAACAAUUUCUGCCUACUUUGCAGAGUCAACUGCAGAAUUAACGGCGUUCUGAAUGAACGGGGCUUUGAACGUCACCACUACACAUGGACCAAUCAGGGGCUGCCUUUCCCUGUUGUCCGGGUAACAGUGGAAACACGGUCUCUGAUUGGCCCGGUUAUUUUCUGAUCGGGAAUACACGCUCUCUAUGGGCCGAAGUCCAGACUGUGGUGGGAAGGAACAUCAAGUAAUUCACGCAACAGGAUGGCCCAGCCAGGCUACCGUGGCGGAGGCUCCACCGAACCCCUGAGACCGACUCACCGAACCCCUAGGGUUCGAUAGAACCCCGGUUAAGAACCACUGCUUUAGCCUAUUUGAUGUUGAAAAUCUGAACUUAAUCUGUUUCUUAAUCAGGUUAUUUCGAGAAAUUAGAGUUGUUCUGAUUCUGAUACCAGUGUCAGUAAUUGCUUAGUAAUUGCCGUUACUGCCGAAAAUGCAAGCAUCGGUAUCGGCAAGUACAGGAGUCCAGGCACGAUCCAAUACCACGUAAUUCAUUAAAUUAGUAAUGUAUUUAUUGGUUAGCCCUGUUUUUUAUUCUGUUCUAUUUAAAAAUAAAUGGCUUAAAUUUGCUGUAUUUAUUUGUGUUUUACAAAGAGUUUAACCUGAGACAGACCUUACCACAAUGAUAAUCAUAUCACAGUCAUGAAGGCCUGGUGUGAUAUUUUUUUUAUAACAUACUGUAUCGGAUCGGUACUUGGUAUCGGCCGAUACCCACAGCACAAGUAUCAGAAUCGGUAUGGGGAGGGAAAAAUUGUUAUCGAAAUAUCUCUACUGACAAAGCUAGUAGGCUAUGUUGAAAGAGAGCCAGCUCCAUGAUACUGAAAUCUCUGACUUAGAUAUAAACCGACCUGAUUUUUGCGUCAGAUCUUAGUCCUUAAUCCAUUUAAACCAGGACAGCAUGUACGCAUUUCAACCUUCCAAGCCGGGAGCGUGGCUGUGCAUUUCUACCCUCAAGCCGGGACCGCGGAUAUGUCAUUUUGUAACAUUUGGUAGUUUUUUAAUCAUUUCUGGAGUCGUGGCGAAUCAAAUCAUCAUACCUGUCUGCCUCUGAUAGGCUAAUAAAGCUAAAUAAAGCGGAUUCAUACGCAGAUCUUGCUGCGUGCUUCGUGAGAAAAGUAAUUAAUGAUGGAGGCACAAAGCAGCUUCAUAUAUGAAGCAUCCAGCAGUGUGAACAACCUCUUCAUAUUGAGUGCUUUGGAUCACACUAUCGGCGAUUUCUGUGAGUGUUGCAUGACUUUGGAUGAGCACAGAGAUGAACACACUGUCAGACACUUAUUUAUUUAUUUAUUCAUUUAUUUAUUUAUUUAUUAGUUUUUAGUGCUGCUUUUGUACUGGCAGUAUACUAGGGCAGCUGCAUACGCUUUCAACACUUUAUUUUUUAUAUUUACAUUUGUAUUGAUGGACACUUUAUUAUGACUGCCACUUGUUUUACAGAAAGCAAAUUGUUUUUUUAUUCUCCAGUGCAGAGCCUGUUUGUACAGCUGCUUUAUUUCAUUUGAGUUUUUUUGUUCAAGGUUUUCAAUAAUGUGAUGAGGGUUUGGAAAAAUAAAAAACAGUCAUCUUGAAAGCCAUGUGUGUAAGCUCUCAAAUACUUUUUGAAUUUUGUUUCUAUCUGCAACAGAGGCCGAGAUAUCAGUUUGUUUUGUAAACCUCAACACUUCAGAAAACCUCAGGAUCUGGGAGCACUUCUCAAAAUUGCCCUCAGGAUUUCAGAGGCGUGUCUCAGACAGGGUUCAGGUCUUAAUGUGUUAAUACACCCUAAACUUGAAUUAAGAGGCCUUUUUUACAUUCAUACUGCAUUUACCAGACACUACUGACAGUACUGUGUUGGAUGUGACUGUAGUGACUUCACCUGCAGCAAAGUGCACAGUGAUUCAAGAUUUAUUCGCAGGGAGAAGUUUUCCCAUCCCGAGAAACUCUUGCAGGCGUACACAUAAACAAAGCUGAUUGAGGGGGAAUAUAAGUCAAGGAAAGUGCUGAUCACAAAGCCAAAAAUACUGCACUUCACAAGCUUGUAUUGAAUUGUGGAGAUGGUGUUUUUGAAGAAUUGUUGCUCUUUAGUGCAGUGGAGUGUCCACAGUGCUCUGCGGUACCCCACUGAAUAUUAGGGGCCUUUCUCACCCAAAACCCGCUUAGAAGGUCCGGAUCAGGGACCAAAUGUUUACAUUGUUGCAUUUUGUAUUUGGUCCGCUUAGCGUUCACAUGGGACUUUUGCUAAACGAACCAAAUGGGUAAAAAAAGAGGGAAAAUUACUGUCUGUCGCCUGCUUAUUUGGGACACAAUCUUCAUUGUCCCACAGCGCACAGAAAGUAGCCAACCAGAGAAAACAAUAGGCAUCUUGCUUCACGUACUUCACCAAAGAGAUGUUGUGCGAGGAGAUGCCGGAAAGGAAUGCCUUUAACACAUUGUCAGCAUGUUUGUUGAACAGAAGAACACCCAGGUAUUUAAUGUCACCCAACUGUCACCCAACUAUUGUAUUAGAACACAAACCCUCUGCCAUUUGUCCAGUUUUACGGACCCUCUGGUGUUUUGACUGGCUGUUCUUUGUCUGCUGCAACCUCCGGCCAGGCAUAAUUUCCCGGCUUUAUGGCAGUGUAAAUGUGUUAUUAGUUUAAAUUGACAUAUAAAAAGUCUGGCUGCAUCAGCGCUGUGUUCACACCCACCGCGGACCAUGGUUCGUCUGAAAGGGGACCGAGCUCAGAGUUUUCAAGUUGUUUGAUCUGGACCAUGGUUCGCUUGCGCGUUUAUACCACCCGGACCAAAGGAGUAAGGGGACCAUGGUCCUUUUAGAACAAACCAAACAGUCCUGGUAUGAAUGCGCCCUUAGUAAGCAGUAAGAAUUUUAUACAGUCUUAAUUUGAGUUUCUGGAUCCCCUAAAUCCUCUGCUUGUUUGUGCAUGGAAAUUCAUGGUGGAUGAAACCAAGUGUAUUAUGCUGGAGUUAAGCAGCAGUUGGUCAUACUGUAUUUGUUACAAAGAAGAAUAAUGAGGAGAUGUCAGAGGAGAAGGAACGUUCAGCUGCUGAAUCAGUGUAGGCAGAGGAUGAUAUAGAUAGAGGAUGAAUGUUGUAAAUGCAGGAAAUACAGAGGAACGAUUACAGGGUUUACGGUCUGUUUUGAAGCAUAUUUACAUUUUUUAGGAGGUGUAUAUCAAGCCAUGUUUGUAGGCUUCUGCAUAGAUACAAAGGAUGACAUGAACCAGGUAUGCUUCAGUGUCAAUUUAAGAAGGCCUAACAAAGAGACAGUCAUUCAUAAAGAGAAUUCUUGGUCAAUUUUUAUUAACGGCCAAUAUUUUUGCUUGGCCUUCAGCUCCUGGUGUACCGUGGGUUGAACAUGUUUUUAAUGGGUUUUUUUUAAUUUUUGGGUGCAUUUACAAAACAAAGGCCCACCAGUUGAACAGCAUAAAGCUGCUUUUGUGACUACCUCUUCCUAUUAAUCUGCUCCUGAGGAAAAUUACUGCAUUUCAUUGUUAUGCACUCAGUGCUCGGGACAGAGCGGAGAAGAACAAGCAGUCAGUGUCACCAGCCCCCUCGGGCUGAUAGGGAUCAUUUUGCAAAAAGGACAUUGUAAACUCUGGCCUGCUGUGUGCAUCACACGUCUGACCUCCCUGCUCUGUGUCUACCUCUCCCUCCAUCCACCUCUGAGAGUCAUUUACUCUCUGUUCUCCAGUCUGUCCUUUCUCCUCAUUUGCUCUUGAUGAUGCUGAUGAGUGAGGAAAACUUGUCUGGCUCUGAAACUGAACACAACUCUCUGUUCUGUGAAAGAAAACUGCAUGUUUGAGCAAGUGUGAUUCAUUUGGUUGAGUUUUAAAAGUUUUUUUUUCCCCACACUAAACUGUGUGUAAAACUUGGUGUAUUCAUGGACUCAUAGAGAACUCAUUCACUGUUAUAUAAGCAGAUAUAAUUUCUGAUUAUAUAAUUAUAAUCCAGGUAUAAUUCUGGAAAUUUGUUAUUAGUACUAACAAGUUGCUAUAGCUAUAGCAUGACUUUUGGUGCUGUAGGUGAAGUGAAAUAUAAACUAAAAAAAACAUUAAAGAAAUCAAUCAAUCAAUCUUAAUUUACAUAGUGACAAUUUGCAACAAGUGUUAACCCAAGAUGUAAGAAGAGAAGACAAAAGAAAAGCUGGUCUUGACCAUACAUCUGUUUGCACAGACACAGUAGAAAUGGGAUAACAUUGAGCCCCCUCUUGUAAGAUCAGACCCACUAUCAUCUCAUUUUAAACCACAUGAGUGAAACACUUUGCAGCAUUUAGCAAGUUAUAAUGGAGAGGACGAACUUCCUUUAACAGGCAGAAACCUUGAGCAGAACCAGACUCAUGUUAGACAGUGAUCUGCUGAGACUGCAUCAGGUUUAGAGAAGGGAGAGAGGAAGAUGAAGAGAAAUGAGAGUGAUAGAGUGAUGCAUGUAGUUGAAGCAGCUGGAAAGCAGGCAAGUCUACAGCAGAAAAAUGUCUGCAGCAGUGAUCCAGAGGAACUUAUGACAUAAUGGAGGAUGGAGAGGGAGGAACAGAUGUUCAACAUGUCAGUAGCCCUGACAGUCUAAAUCUAUAAAUACAAGGAUUUCAUUACAGUUGUGCUGAGUGGUUUAAACAUGAUACAUCGCUAAUUUACUCAUAACUUUGUUUAUUUGCCAUAACAAAGUGUAGCUGUAACUAUGUACAAAGGCACAGAUGGACUUGCUUAACUUAAGACAAAAAAAAGCUUUCAAAGGCCCAUAGUCUUAGAUACACUUUGUAAGAGUACAUAAAAAAAGGUAUUCUGAAACCAGGAAUUUAAACGUUGCUGUUGUUAGUUUUUCAUUGAGGUGUAAUUUAUGAUGAACCAUACCUUAAUAAAGUAUUAUGUCCACUGCUUAUAUACUGCUUAAACAUUACAAUUACUUUUUUUGAAUGCUUAUAAUCACUUAGAAGGAUUGGUAUAAAGCCUUAUAAAUAAUACUUGAUAGAUUUGCUUGUAGGGAGAUGUAAGUGUUGGGUUUAUACUAAACUUUUUAUUGUUAAGGGAAGAAUUAUUCUGUUGAGGGAAAAACAAAACAAAACAAAACAGGGAGUCUGAUAAUCACAACAACAACAAAUUAAGAUUCAAGGCAGACACCAGACUUUUUAAACAGAUCGCAGUGUUUUUCAAAAGUGCCCUGUCUUUCUGCUGCUCUUCUUUGAUAUAUAGAGGCACUGAAGGAAAUUAGGAAAAACGUCACCUAUGUGGAAAUAAUGUAAAGAGUACAACAUGUCUAUAUUCAAGCCUCUGGAUGAAUCAGAUCAGAUUUUGUGAUGGCGAUUUGAACUAGACAAGUCACAACAGUCCUCAAGGUUCAAGACAGACUCAUGAAUCUGUCUUAGACUUUUCUUUCUAGCUUUCAUAAGAAUUAAAAAAAAUCUUUUUGAAGAAUGACAAACUACAUGCAAAAUUGUUACACUGAAAAAACUAUCUGUCCAUGUAGAUUCUCAUUCAUCCAGGUCAUGGUUUUCUUUAAGACUUAAAAAACAGGCAACUGGACUGUGUAGAGUUGAGAAGAAAAGACGAAAAAACUAUCUUUGUUUCUAAUGAGACUUCUUAUUUUCCUUUUUUUAACCUUCAGUGUGUGACUUGUGUGCAACUGAAGCAGGAUGAUCAACUUAAAAUUAAACAGAUUGUAUUGAAGAAUGCUGCUCAUAUGCUCCUGCUGUGACUGCACAUAAAGGGAGUGAAGCUGUGCUCAUUAUUGAGGCUCCAAAAGAUGUUUGCUGCAGCAGGAGCUGUGCUAAUCAAUGCAUUAAUAUUAAAAAUCAGAAGCAGGAGCCAGAGGGGAGCUUUCAGCUGUUGAAUGUUAUUGUGUCUUUGAGAAAAAUACUCCGCAGGGAAAUAUAAGAUUUGAUUAUGUUAUUUUGUGCAUAUUGGAGAUCUCUACAUACAUAUUUGUACCAUCUCUGCAUCUAAGUGUUAAAAUUUUGAAAACAUGGUUCAGAAAUUUGAUAGUCUCUUUUGGGAAAUAGCUUCUUGGGUAGUUAAUCUUUGACUAAUGGCCUCUUUUAUGGUUAGGAAGCAUGCUGCACGUACGAAUGAGCCAAAUGUGUGCUUUUAAUGUUGACUGGCUGGUUCAGAGUGUUUUUCAUGUUGAUUGUUUUCUUUUUUCUGCAGAUUUGCACAUCUGGGCCAGAGCCAGCACAGGGUGGAGAGAACUGAACACAUCAACUUGGCAAACAUCAUCUGUUUGUGAGUCAAACAUGUGACAUAUUAACCUCAAAACACGCAUACAGACCAAAGAGGAUACUGGAGGCACUCACUUCCACGUAAUGUUCAGUGCUACAUUGGGAUAUUAGUCUGUAACUUUAAUUUGACCCUUUUGAAAACCUCUCAAUAUUUCCAGCAGCCUUGGGAAUAGAGAACACAGUGGCUUGCACUAAGUGGUCUCAAAGGAGGCUUCUAGCUGUGUACUGUUUAAUCUUCAUCUUUUAUAACCAAACACUCUGUCUUCACUUCUCGUCAUCCCUGCUAUUUCCCAAACAGUCCAGCCCUCUCCCUGACCCAGCAGGUCAGAGAUGGAGUAGUGUUGUCCACACACAGAUUCAGAAUUCAACCACACGUGGGUUGGCAAUGUGCAGCAGCAGUGCAGCAUCACAAGCAAUCUUUCCUCUGUGUAUUGCUCUCUGUCUUUCUCUCAAACUCCCUCAUCCAAAGACAUGCACUCACAAAUGGCCUCUAGGUGAUAAAAGCAUCUGGCAUUGAAGGAAAACAACAUUCAUUUUGAAGUCCAAGAUCAAAAAACUUACAUCAGAUUCAACAUUGAAAAAAAAAUAGUUUUUUUUUUCUUCUGCAUUUGUCCAUGCAAUAAGUAUGACAACAUUAUAAAUAUGAAUAUUGUUAUACCGGGAAGGAAAAAAAGGGACAUUCUAGAAAGCCUAGAGCCUUAAAUUUAAACUACAGGGGUUUUCUGUCUAAAGAGAAGAAGGAAAAAACAAACAAACAAACAGUGAAACCAGUACAUCUCUGGCAUUUAACAUCAUGCAUACAAAAGGCAUCUGGCAGUUUAGGUGGGAAUAGUUUCUUCGAACACUGCUGUGUUUGUCCUUUCUCACUUCUACCCCAAAAACCAAUCAAAAUAAAUAGGCGGCGGUACUUCCAUUGUCAUAUUUAUGAACAGCAAUGACAAAGGAGAAAUUUCUCUCAGAUUAUCUAAUACACCUAGUCCUUAUUUUUUCAGUUCAUAUCGUACAUUGUCUGUAUGAAUUUUAAAUUGUUUGUUUUUUUAUCUAAUCUUUUAAGUUUUUCUCUUUUCUGUAAGAAAAAAAUUAUCAGUAAAAUUCCAAACAAGAACUUGCAGAUGUGUAGAUUAUGACAAAACAAAGCAGCAAAAUGCUGUAGAGGCAGAGGGGAAAAACAAAGGUUUGAUUCUCAGGCUGUAAAAUUUCCUUCAGUUAUGACCUUGAAUUGUAGUUGUAUAUUUCAUAUGUGCAUUGAAUAUAAAUAGAAAAAUAUUCGAGAGAGGUGAAAAACAUAUCCAUGUUCCAUUGCUUAUCUUCCUCCUGUGAUACACUGAGCUGUCUUAAAGCAUCAAGGGAAAGAGAGUCCAGGUCCAGAGAAGCGUUUUGUUUGCACAAGAUUUGUCUGUUAAGCAGCAGGAGCAUAUGUUUGGAAGUUGCUCAUGGUCAAACAUUUUCUAAAGACCCAUGUGGAGCCCAAAGAUGAGUAUUCAAAGUAAGUUUGAAGGUCACUUGAAAUGGAAGGACUCAGAUCACUGGCAGAGUGAUACUGCGAGAUUGAAUCCUACGUGAGAAAAAGAAAAAAAAAACUGAAAUCAGUUUAGGCAGUUUAGGAUGUCAAAACGAGAUUAAAAGGGUUCUCUUGUUAUUAAGAAGUACAGAAAUACUAAUAUUAACUAAAUAUAUUAAAGCAACAAGCCCUUUUUCAUUCAUACCAUUGUCAUCCAGUAAUAAACAAUACAAAUAGGCUGAAGUAAAGUGAUUGAUCCUGUGAGGAUGUUCGAACAACAGUCGUUUGUUUGAGCGAAAUGAUAAAAUCAGCUAAUGCACUCACAAUGACAACCUAAUAAGUCAUGUUCAACAGGCACUUAGCAAACUGCUAUGUUUGAUACUGGAUUUCUCUAUCACAUGUUCUAAUGGAAUUACUGUAAUCAUACAGUAAGUGGAGAAGCAGGCUAAAACUGAUGCCAAUACCUUUUUGGGAGCUUCCUAAACCAAAGAGACCACAACUUAACACUUCUAUGAAUUGACAAAAAGCAAAAGUUUCUCACAGCAGUUCUAAGAGGGCUACAGAGUUAGCUAUAACCACGGACACAGCUCAAACUGUGAGGUUAAUGGAGCACUGACAGAAACAUAACCAUUUUUUUUUUUUUUUUUUUUUUACCAAUAACAUCAUGUCCAAGGGAAUCUUGGUGUGGAAGUAUUACUCAAAGCUGUGUAUUAAGCAAGUUAAUGUGGUACAGGUCUGACUGGCAUGUCAGUCAUUCCUAAUCUUCUUGAAAUGAUGCUGAUCCUUGACUUAGAGCAAUGUAGAUGAAGAUUAUGUAUGCAAGGUCUUAGAUUUGUUGUUUUUGUCUCCAACUCUUAUCUGAAGAGUUCCGUCAACAAAACAUGAUUAUAAGUGGCUCUCUUCAGACACGUGACACAAAAGAAAAUGUCAUGUCUGAGUGCAGGUGAAUAGUGAUUUUACCUGUGCUGAAUAAGAUAUGACAUUUUCCUUUUUGUCACACAAAGGUGGCAGAUACACAUGUUGUUGGCUUUGUAGAAAACCUUAGCCUGCAGGGAAGACCGACAUCUUUUCAUCUGUUUUCGGUUUGUGUCAUUGCUUUCUCAUCUAUUUUUUCACCUUUCUCCGCCCUGGUCAUUCAUUAACCCAUCCAUCCAUUGUUGGCAGGUCCACAGGGUCCAGCAGGUGUGUCUGUUGUUGUGCAACAGGGCUAUUCUAAGGGGCUGUUACACCACCAGGAAACGUGUUUCUAGUGUUAGAAGUCUGCCACCUCCUACUGUGCAGUUCCUCUUUUGACCCAUCAUGAAAAGGCAAAGAUGACUCAUAUGAUGGUGUUUAAAAUGACUAGGUUUUGAAUAAUGUGGUGGAUUCUUGUGCGGAAGUGUUAAUGAGGUGUAGUGAUAAGCUUUAGAGUCAAGAGUCAAAAUGUAUGAAGCAUAAUGACAGUCUGUCUAUGUAGAUUCUCAUUCAUCCAGGUCAUGGUCUUCUAGAAGACUCCAAAAUCAGGCAACUGGACUGUGUAAAUUGAAAAGAUGUUUCAGGUUAACGACCCUCAGGGGGGGACACCCAGGGAUGGGUUUCUACGACCCAUUCUUUCCAACUCCUCCCAGUUGUUGUCUGUCCCCUUCUCCAGUAAGAUAAAUAUCUGCUCCUCACACUUGCAAUAAUUAGAACUGAAGAAGCUUCUUGAAUAAGAGGCGAAACGUCUUCUCAACUCUACACAGUCCAGUUGCCUGAUUUUGGAGUCUUCAACAUAAUGACAUUCAAUCCUCUUAGGUGUGUGCUAUUGCUUCUCUGUUUUUGCAGAGAUUGAACGUAAAAUUGUAAUGGCCAUUAACUUUACAGCCAGUUACUUAAUCAAAAAAAUUAUAAAACAUUGAUUUUAUUAACUUCAUAAACUUUCAAUAAUUUUGAGGUUCAGAUUUAUUUUGUGGAUCGAAUUUGACAGCUCUGUCAGAUUUUUUUAGAAACAUUGACAUCUUUAACCACUAAAAUAUACUUCUUUCCAGUCAUUUAAUCAUUAUUUCUCAAAUUAUAGCUCCCCUGUUUUACUUAACAUUUCACUCUACUUGACAUGUCUCAGUUUAAAAUAGUAAUCCAUAAUAGUAGCCUGCAAAUGUCAGCUGUGUGUGAAGAGUCACAUGGAGUCAUCAGACCAAUCAGAAGUCAUCAGCGAACCCUGUGUUUAGCAAUCAGUUAUGAUGUAGCAUACUGCGAGUGGUUCAAGUGUGUCUCUUUGGUACAUACCAGAUCAAUAAUGUGAGGGCAGAUCAACUUUUCCUUCAAAAUCCAUUUUCACAUUAUGUUGUAUCAGUGUAGAGUGUAUUAUAGUGUGUAACCCAAGACGAGAAGAUACUGUGACCGUUCACUUGUUUUGUGCCCUUUAGUUCAGAGGUCCUGUCAUAGUUAUUAUAUUUUUUAGAUCUACACUGAAUAUGAGUAACUCAUUCAUCUUGAAGUAAUGGACCUUUAACUUGUAAUAAUAGCUGUGUUUUAAUCACUCAAUUCCUGUGCCAAAUCUUGGUGUAAUUUACAACUUUUCUCUCACAGGCUCAGAGGCUGUAAGCCAAUGCUCCAGGGCUCAGUAUAUCAACUCAAUGAUAAUAAAAGGUACUUUACUGGCCCAACCUGGGUGAGAAAGUGAUGAGGAAGGAAAUAAGAUAGUUAUUUGAUUAUGUAGCCUGAUAUGAAUCUGAAUAUUUCCAUCUUCAUUUUUACUUUACGACUUUUCCUGCGGAUUGUUUGUGUACAUUGUGUGCAUGACCGACUUUUGAUCUGAUUUUGACAAGGGCUGCAUGCCUAACAGUUUAGGGUUUCCUUUAUAUUUUUGUUUCAUGAUGUGCCAAAUGUUUUCAAUGUCAGGACUGCAAGUAGGCCAGUUUAGUAACCAAUCACUUAUCAGCCAUGCUGUUGUCAUGUUUGCAGAAUGUCGUUCGGCCUUGUCAAUGUCUUCUCCUUAAAAGGUAUCAUCACCCUAACGGCAGCAUGUGUUGCUCCAGAACCUUUGUAUUGUUCAUUAUAAUCAUGAUUUUAUGGAAGUGUUAGCCUUCCAUGUCAUGAUUUCUAAAAAGGAUAACCAAUUUUCAUUAGUCAGGCCUGAAGACAGUUUCUUACUUCACCUGAGUCCAUCGCACAUAGGAUAAGGCCCAAGUGAAGUCAUUGCAUUUUUGUAUGGUAGCAUUUAACAUGCAUCUAUGGAUGCAAUGGCAAAAUGUAUCCAUCUGCAAUGGUUUCUGGAUGGGAUUUUGAGCCACUAACUUCUACAGUCAUGUCUAUUUUUAAUGCAGGGCCUGAGGGCCCAAAGAUCACAGCCAUGCAGCAUGAGUUUUCAGCAUUUUCUGUUUUGCUUAUGGAUUUCUCCAGAUUCUUCAGGUUUGUCAGUUAUAUCAAUUACUUUAGAUGUUGAAAUUCUAUAUGCAUAUACAUAAUUGCUGCUUAGUGGAUGUUCCUCCAGGUAAUUUCUUUGCAUGGCACAAGGUUUCCAGUGUUUUUUGUCUAUUGUCCUACUGCCAAAACAGGUUGAGGAUAUAUUCCAUAACACAAUACAGUAUUCUGAUUCUUAAGUUUUUUUGAAGUUGUGUAUAAAUUUUUUUUGCCAAGUAUUUUUUCCCCUUUUUUUGUUUAAAAAUUUAAAAAAGAAGAAGAAAACAUAAAUUACUAACACUGUAGUAGCAUAUACAGUAUUUUUACCGGUACAAUCAUCAAAGUCCUUGUUUGUGACUAACAAUGUUUAAAAAAUAAGAUCUUUUCCUGGGCUCUUCCGGUGAAAUUUGACACAAAUCAAGAUUUUUUGCUGCGUUUUUAGUUGUUUUCAAUGCACUGAGUCUGUGAUUAUGUCGGUAAUCAUGGAGGUGUAUCUACAAUGCUGCCAUGUGACUGAGCAGCCUUCACUGGAAGCUCAGCUGCUGGACCAGCUGACUGAGUAAAUGACCUGAUAGACUCACAGUUUAUAAUCCACUCUCAAGAUGAUGAGACAUGCUUAUGGGUCUAGUUUCCUUGAAAAUAUGAGUAAUUCUGUUUCAAUAGGGCCCAUCUCUGCCAUCCUCGUGUUGAUUCUAUUAGCAGUUCUCUUAAUGACCAUCCACUUCAGCAGAUUUUCACCAGAGUCUGUUUAUUGGAUUAAAGCAUUAUUUUACAGAUAUGACUACAUUUUUUUCUCUCAUUUUCUUGUAUCCUCUAUGGUGAGCAACCACAUGAUUUAUCUAUACAGUCUGUUUCUAAUGCAUCCCUUAUUUGAACUCUUCUCCUCCUUUUUUCUUUCCCCCUCAGAGAACAAGUGUCCUGCUUUGAAGAGGACAGCAUCUACGCCGUUACCCCUCCACAGGUGGAUCAAGACAGCCAGGACGAGUUCGAGAGCCACGUGAUGACGGGUCAGGGUCAGGUGAGGGUGCUGUGCCGGGAGGACAUGUUGAUGUACAGGGAGUAUGUCAAAAACAGAUACAUGUGA